AGGCGCCUAGCUGUGUAGGCUGCGCGAAGCAAAAACCCUGGUGGCGGGUUAGGUGGGCGUGCAAGGGCGACGCCUCUUUCCUGCUUUCAAGUUUCUUCCAAGAUGAGAGUGAGAGUCUGGGAAGGGGGAAAGGGAAAUUGUUAAUCCACACCCUUAAUUAACUGCAAAUGAGGGCUAAUGGCUUUAAAACCCUGGUUUGCAUGGGGUGGGGUGUUAGAUAUAUUGGGGCUGUUACUAAAUUAGGGUUGAAUUGCAUGCUUAUUUUGGGAGGAAAUUUGCUGGAACUUUAAAAUGGCAGGAAAUCACUUUUUCUGUGCAUUUUAAUCCAUAGGUUUUCUGUUACUAUGUGUGCAUUUCAGAGCCUGUGUGUAAUUUUAUAAUCUGCUUUUUGCUUUUAAGUUUCUCUUUUUAUUUGGGUGAGUGUAUGUGUGUCUGGUUUUAUGGUUUUAACUAUUAAGUCCAUUUUUCUCAGGGUCUAUUCCUUCCCCUGCCCACCCCCCUAAUACUCCUAAGAGGGUCUCUUCUCCAGUCUUCAGAGGCAGAAAAAGGUCCCCCUUUCCUUCCACUCUGCAGUUUUAAUCCGAAAUCUUAGCCGCAGAACUGCGCCCAGAGCUCAGAACCUCUCGCGCUAAUGAAAUUCCCUGUCGCAAAAUGCGCCUGGAAAAAUGGGAGUUUUGAACACUGUUUUCAUGUGGUUGUGAACCGCUGUGUGCUUUUUGUGAUGUGGCGGCAUAUAGAUUAUUUAAUAAAUCGUUAGUUGGUUUUUAAAAAUUUUUUAGCACAUUAUCCUUAAUAUUAACUCACCUUCCUUUCCCUGACAGAGACUUGAGGUGGCUUACUGAUAAAAACAGGAGCAGCUAACAACACUGAGGAGGAAUAAUUAAUUAAAAUAAAUAAAUAACAGAAUUAAAACUGUAUUUAAAUUUAAAAGUUGUGUUAUACGCAAACGGAUAAUUGUAGUAAAAACAGCAGGGGACCAUCCCUUCCAGUAAAAUAAAUAGUUAUAAUAGCAAUAAUAAUUUUCAUUGUAACAAAAAAAAAAGGUCACCGAGACUGUUGUGGCGACUGUAACCUACAUUUUAGGCAAUUACCGUAUUUUUUGCUCUAUAAGACUCACUUUUUCCCUCCUAAAAAGUAAGGGGAAAUGUGUGUGCGUCUUAUGGAGCGAAUGCAGGCUGCGCAGCUAUCCCAGAAGCCAGAACAGCAAGAGGGAUCGCUGCUUUCACUGCUCAGCGAUCCCUCUUGCUGUUCUGGCUUCUGAGAUUCAGAAUAUUUUUUUGUUUGUUUUCCUCCUCCAAAAACUAGGUGCAUCUUAUGGUCUGGUGCGUCUUAUAGAGCGAAAAAUACGGUAGCUUAUGCACCUUAACAUUGCCUCACCUGUUCCAAUACUGAAUUAACACUCACAAAAGGGUGAUUUCUUACCAUUUUGUUGAGGACAGUGAGACGACGUAAGCAGCUUCGUCUAACAGCCUUUGAGUGUGAAGCUCUGAACCAGAGCCCGGAAGGGGCCUCAUCAUUGACGCAGCCUUUGGGUUGGAGACAAGGGAGCCAAGACGUCCACAGAGGUCUAUACCCAACUUACCGGACGAAAAAGCAUCCCCGAGGUAUAGCCGCCUGUGGUGGAGGGCUGGGAGUGUGUGGGCGAUCUCUGCUAAAUAUCAGGUGGUGGGGUUUCAACUCGGGUUUGGGGGAAGCCAUGGGCAAAACUCUUGCUUCCGUAAAUCGGCGGUGGGCAACCUCAGUUGGCUAAGCUUGGAGCAAAUUGCUGGGUCUCAGCUUUUAACCCGCAGGGUUGUUGGGGUGAGGAAAUGAGGGAAGGAGAUGUUUGCGGCUGAGGGGCAGCCCUGGUAACAGCCUCCAAGAUGGGUUAAAACUACAGUGGCGCCUUGGUUCUCAAACGCCUUGGUACUCAAACAACUUGGAACCCAAACACUGUAAACCCGGAAGGAAGUGUUCCAGUUUGUGAACUUUUUUCGGAAGCUGAAUAUGCUCCAAUUCGAGUGCAACACUUCCAUUUUCAGUGUUAACGCUGAGGUCUGUCUGUUUUUGCUAUUUAUUUUGCGCUUUUUGUGGCUUUUUUGUUUGGUUUUUGUGACUGUGGAACCCAGUUCAUCUACUGAAUGAUUGAUUGUGUGACUGUAGUGCAUUGUUUAUUGCUUUCAUUUUUGAUCCUGAGUAGGCAAACUAAGGCCAGGGGGCUGGAUCCAGCCCAAUCGCCUUCUCAGCAUAGCUGUCAACUUUUCCCUUUUCUUGCGAAGAAUCCUAUUCGGAAAAAGGGAAUUUCCCUUAAAAAAAGGGAAACGUUGACAGCUAUGCUUCUCAGUCUGGCCCACGAACGAUCCAGGAAUCAGCGUGUUUUUACAUGAUUAGAAUGUGUCCUUUUAUUUAAAAUGCAUCUCUGGGUUAUUUUGUGAGGCUUGCCUGGUGUUUUUACAUGAGUAAAGGGACCCCUGACCAUUAGGUCCAGUCGUGGCCGACUCUGGGGUUGCGGCGCUCAUCUCGCUUUAUUGGCCGAGGGAGCCGGCAUACAGCUUCCGGGUCAUGUGGCCAGCAUGACUAAGCCACUUCUGGCAAACCAGAACAGCGCACGGAACAGCGCCGGAGCGGUACCUAUUUAUCUACUUGCACUUUGACGUGCUUUCGAACUGCUAGGUUGGCAGGAGCAGAGACCGAGCAACGGGAGCUCACCCCUUCACGGGGAUUCAAACCGUCGACCUUCUGAUCGGCAAGCCCUAGGCUCUGUGGUUUAAACCACAGCGCCACCCGCUUCCCCUAUACAUGAGUAGAAUGCGCUUUUAUUUAAAAUGCAUCUCUGGGUUAUUUGUGGGGCAUAGGAAUUCGUUCAUUAUUUUUUCCAAAAUAUAGUCCGGCCCCCCACAAGGUCAGUGAACCGGCCCCCUGCUGAAAAAGUUUGCUGACCCCUACAUUAGAUAGUAAAAUUCAUGUUAAAUUGCUGUUUUAGGGGUUCUUUUUAAAAGACUGGAACGGAUCAAUCCAUUUUGCAUUACUUUCUAUGGGAAAGCUUGCCUUGGUUUUGGAAUGCUUUGGUUUUGGAACAGACUUCCAGAACGGAUUAAGUUUGAGAACCAAGGUACCACUGUACACCUUAAAUGGGCGUUGUCGUUCAAAAUGGCCCUACUGGCCAGGACCAGUGUGGUCCAGAACAUCUGGAGGGUACCAGAUGUUGUGGGGAAGGGUGCUGGAAGACUGGAAACAGAUCCUGUGAUUCCUUUCCAGUCUCCGUCAGAGGAGUGGGCCACCAAAGCAGCAUCACCGACUACUUCAGAAGCAGACCCCAACCGCCUAGAUGUGCAGCUGUCGUGGCAAAAGACAUUGAGUGCAAACGGGAGGUAGACUUCCUGGAAUCCUUUUUCGCUCGCAAUGACUUCUUAGACCCGGAGGAGUCCUGCUCUGCAGUCGGGGACGGCGGGGACCCAGCCCUGAUGGCUUCCAGGAAACGGCCACGUUUCCCUAAGAGCCCCAACAACCUUGGGGCGGGCAGUGACCAGUGGGACCAGGAUGAAAAACCACCACUGGGGCAGCGAUCUGAGCAGCCCUGGGCUGAUGGAAGCCUCAAGCCGGAUGCCAACGACUUUGAUAUUGAUCCUCUGCCAGAUGCGUGUUUUGGGCUCUUGGGGACCCCGUGUUGGGAUGUUCCCCGGGGAAACAUAGAGCAGCUGCCCGACGAGGUUCUCCGCGAGAUCUUUGCCCUCGUGCCCGCGGCCCAUCUCUUCCAGAGCCUCACCUUGGUGUCUCAUCGCUUUCACCGGAUCAUCUCUGACCCGCAGGUGAGCGAUGCUUCCUCAUUGGUUGGGUUAGAAAUUAGCCAGGUGUGUUUUGCGAUUGGCAAGGGCCCAAUUGCACCCACGUGGAGAUCUCUAGGUGCCAGGUUUAGCGACUGACAUCUCCGCCCGACUGGCCCCUCCAGCUUUCUUAAGCAGGGAAGCAGAAAAGCAUAUUUAUUGCUUUAAUGUACCAUAUUUUUCGCUCUAUAGGACGCACUUUUCCCCUCCAAAAAUUAAGGGGAAAUGUUUGUGCGUCCUAUGGAGCGAAAGCAGGCUCCUUGGCUUCAGCGAAAGCAACGUGAAGCCUCCAAAGCGCAGAGGGAGCGCAGAGGGAGUGCACCAACCCCUCUCGCUCUCUAGGCUUCACAGAUAGCCACCUGAAGCCUUUAGAGUGCAGCGGCAAGACUCUUCUGGCUUCAGCAAAAGGAACACGAAGCCUUUGGAGCGCAGCGCUUGGUCCCUCCAAAGGCUUCGGGGUUAGCGACGCAAAGCCUCCACAGGGCAGCGGGGUGCCUUCAUUCCGCUGCCCUCCGGAGGCUUCGCGGGCUGUCCCAGAAGCCUCCGCAGGGCACAGGGAUGAAGGCUCCCCGUGCCCUGUGGAGGCUUCGCGCAAAGCUAGACCAGCUAUCCCAGCGGCUAUCCCAGAAGCCAGAACAGCAAGAGGCUAUCCCAGAAGCCUCUUGCUGUUCUGGCUUCUGGGAUUCAGAAUUCCCCCCCCCCCUUGUUUCCUCCCCCCCAAACUAGGCACGUCCUAUCGUCUGGCGCAGCCUAUAGAGCGAAAAAUACGGUAUAUCCCACCGUUUUCCUCCCAAGGAGUACAUGGGGAGUAGUUUGCCUGGCGCCUUCAUUAUACACCUUUAGGCGCCAGGCAAAAAUGUUCCCUUUUAACCAGGCCUUUGGUUGAUUUCACAUCCUAUGCCCUUUUAAAAUGUGGGGGUAUUUUUGGUGGGGAGCAAGGAGAGUUAUUGGGUGGUUGUUCUUAUUUUGAUUAUAUAUUUUGAUUUUUGUCGCGUGAACGGCCCUGAGACCUCUGGGUAUAGGGCAGUACAGUCAUACCUCUGGUUACAGACACUUCAGGUUGCGUUUUUUCAGGUUACGGACAUGCUGAAACCCGGAAGUACUGGAACGGGUUACUUCCGGGUUUUGGCUGUCCCGCAUGUGCAGAAGUGCUAAACUGCGCUUUGCGCAUGCACAGAAGUGUCAAAUCGCAAUCUGCGCGUGCGCAGACACACCACUGCAGGUUGCGAACGCUGCAGGUUGCGAACGUGCAUCCCGCAUGGAUCACGUUCGCAACCCAAGCACCCACUGUAUAUAAAUUCGAUAAAUAAUAAGAAUAAUACAUGCUUCAUCCCCCCUCCUCAGUUAAUCCCCGCAACGACUUUGUGAGGUAAGGUAAGACAGGGGUCAGCCAACUUUUUCAGCAGGGGGCCGGUCCACUGUCCCUCAGACCUUGUGGGGGGCCAGACUAUAUUUUAAUUCCUAUGCCCCACAAAUAACCCAGAGAUCCGUUUUAAAUAAAAGCACACAUUCUACUCAUGUAAAAACACACUGAUUCUCAGACCCAUCUGCGGGUCGGAUUGAGAAGGCGAUUGGGCCAGAUCCGGCCCCUGGGCCUUAGUUUGCCUAGCCAUGGGUUAAGAGAUAUUCCUGGCUGAGUGGGGAUUUGAACCCUGAUCUCCCAGUCCUAGUAGGACACUCUUAACUACGACACCCCGCUGGCUUCCUAGAGAACUUCUCCUAUGGGGCAGCUCUAUCAAUUAAGUAGGAAAGCAAAAUGCCAUUUAGAAUAGGAUGUGAAAUAUUUCCCAUUAGUUUGUUUUAUCCUGGAUUGUUUUACGGGAUGUUUUAAUGUGUUGUAAACCGCUUUGAGAUCUUUUUUCCUUUGAAAUCUAAAGCGGUCUAGAAAUGAAAUGAAGAAGAAAUUUCGCUGAGGAGAAAAGGGCACCUAAACCGUCUGUUGCGGCAACCGCAACCUAGGUUUAAGGUGCCGUUUGACGAUUAGCUUAUAUAAAAAAUAAUAAAUAAUAAAUAAUCUAUUAUUUAUACCCUGCCCAUCUGGCUGGGUUUCCCCAGCCACUCUGGGCGUCUCCCAACUGAAUAUUAAAAACACAAUACAGCAUUAAACAUUAAAAACCUCCCUAGACAGGGCUGCCUUCAGAUGUCUUCUAAAAGUCAGAUAGUUGCUUAUUGCCUUGAUAUCUGAUGGGAGGUCACUAUAUCUGAGUUCUUAACACUGCUUGUUUUACUCUUCUGGGAGGGAAGAAUGCAUAAAUUAAACUUCGUUUGGUUUCCAGAAAGGAGCUGAUGUAUUGCUUUGGUUUUUUGCAGUUUGUUCCUUGGAAAAAACUGUACUAUAAGUAUCUGAAGUCUGAGACCCAGGCCCAGCUGAUUGUGAAGGCAAUCCUUCAACGUUAUGACCUGACCCCAAAGCAGAGCUACUUUCCGCUGGGGUUUUUACGGUGAGUGAUGCUUCCAGGGUGGAUUUGAUUUAAAUCAAAUCGAUUUAAAUCACUCGUCAGUAAGACUCGGAUUUAAAUCAUCAUUAUUAUUAUUUUACAGAAAGACUCAUUCCUGCUGGUAUACUCUUAACAUUUACAACCAGAUGAAGCUUCCAUUUUUGGAAUAAUAAAUUUUCAGAGUUGUUUUUACAGUUAUAUCAAAAAAAUCACUGAUUUGGUUAUACUAUCAGAAAUACAUAGACACAUAAUUACAAAAUUAUGGUGAGGUUUAAUAAGAUAAUUGUUUCUGUUUGGACAACUUUUCUGCUGUACUUUAUUGGAAGGAGAUAAAUAGCCAUUUCCUUAAUAACAAUUUAUUUAACUAAAGCAAUAACAUUAUAGCAUAUGUAUCCACGUUAACUGAUGUGGUUAAACUUUUUUUUGUUUUUAAACCCUUAGUCUGAGUUUUGGCGCACAUGAAAAACUUAAAACAAAUCCUUAUUUCCUGAUGAAUAGCCUUUGGACUAUAAUGUAACUUAAAUAGAAAACUAUCUUUGGAAAGAUUUUUCCUCCAAAAGAAUUUUAUUUUAAAAAUCCGAUUUAAAUUUUAAAAAUCUGAUUUUUUUUUUAAACGGAUCCCGUUCACAUCCCGAGGUACCACUGUAGAUGACAAAAAAUAAAAUUAAAAAAUAAAAUUCUUACCUGCACUGAUGAUAGUCAUUGUUUGGAUAGGGGGCCUUUAUCUAUUUCUGCAGUAACAUAAUCAGUCAACCAGUAGUUGAACUGGGUUCCACACAGUCACAAAAACAAAUUAACUGAAAAGGCCUCAAAAACAAAAACGCAAAAUAAAUAGUAGAAACAAAAGUGCCAAACUUAAUGCGUUCCGGAAGUCUGUUUGACUUCUGAAAUGUUCAAAUACCAAAGCGCAGCUUCUGAUUGGUGCAGGCGCCCCAGAAACGAUAGCCGACAGCCUCAUUGGACAUUCAGCUCCCGAAAAACAGUUCGAAAACCGGAACACUUUCUUCUGGGUUUUCGGCGUUUGGGAACUAAGGCGUUUGAGGACCAAGGUACCACUGUCUGUCAUUUCCUGUGAAGACAGUCCUGGUGUGUGAGGGCUCCACUAACACCAUAUAUAUUUUUUUGCUUUGCCUUCCACACAGAUGUGUUGCUUCUGCGAAGAGCCAUCGCUGCUGGGACCCCAGAGCGAUCCGCCAGUGCUUGACAAAGCACUCUCUCUUUCCCAAGGCCGAAGCCUGCCUUGCCAGCUGGCUGCCUGAGCUGUCCAGCCCCAACGCGGGAGUAAGCGUGGCAUGCUUAUUCUCUCUGCACUCUGCAUGUUCUGCUGCAAUAAGGCUGCGAUCCCACUGGACAUGGCAGUAUGUGGCCGUUGAGCCCGGUGGCGCUUACGUCCGAGUAAACGUGCAAUGCAUUAUAUCAUAGGAGAGUUGACCGUUCCCUGACGCUUUACCUCUUAGCCCUCUUCCCCAUUUUUGUGUGUGUAUUUAAUUUGUGGCUGUCACUAAGGGGGCUUUGAGGUCAUUGGAACCCCAAUUAAAAGGGUUGCUUGUGACACACUGAGCAUGCAAGGUGACUGUUGUUUAGUCGUUUAGUCGUGCCCGACUCUUCGUGACCCCCUGGACCAGAGCACGCCAGGCACUUCUGUCUUCCACUGCCUCCCGCAGUUUGGUCAAACUCAUGUUGGUAGCUUCGAGAACCCUGUCCCACCAUCUCGUCCUCUGUCGUCCCCUUCUCCUUGUGCCCUCCUUCUUUCCCAACAUCAGGGUCUUUUCCAGGGAGUCUUCUCCUCUCAUGAGGUGGCCAAAGUCUUGGAGCCUCAGCUUCAGGAUCUAUCCUUCCAGUGAGCACUCAGGGCUGAUUUCCUUCAGAAUGGAGAGGUUUGAUCUUCUUGCAGUCCAUGGGACUCUCAAGAGUCUCCUCCAGCGUCAUAAUUCAAAAGCAUCCAUUCUUCGGUGAUCAGCCUUCUUUAUGGUCCAGCUCUCACUUCCAUACAUCACUACUGGGAAAAGGUGACAGGAAGGUCUAAAUCAGUGGUUCACGAAUCAGGGGGUUCCCUAGAGGACACAAAGGGGAGAGAGCCAUUGGUGUAAACAGUUAUCGUGUUGGAAAGCGGGUGUUGCUGUACUAGGUUCAUCAGCUUUGCUUAAUUACCAUAUUUUUCCAUGUAUAAGAAGACCCCUAUUUUUUUUAACCCAAAAUUAAGAAAUUAAGUUCUUUAAAGCCCUAAACGGACUCGAUUCAGUAUACCUGAAGGAGCGUCUCCACCCCCAUCGUUCUGCCCGGACGCUGAGGUCCAGCUCCGAAGGCCUUCUGGCGGUUCCCUCCCUGCGAGAAGCAAAGCUUUGGGGAACCAGGCAGAGGGCCUUUUCGGUGGUGGCACCCGCCCUGUGGAACGCCCUCCCACCAGGUGUCAAAGAGAAAAACAACUACCUGACAUUUAGAAGACAUCUGAAGGCAGCCCUGUUCAGGAAAGUUUUUAAUGUGUGACAUUUUAAUGUAUUUUUAAUCUUUCUUGGAAGCCGCCCAGAGUGGCUGGGGAAACCCAGCCAGAUGAGCGGGGUACAAAUAAAUAAUAAUAAUAAUAAAGCUUUUUUGGGGGGUGGGGGAGGUCACUUCCGCCAAUCGCGCACUGCCUACCCGCCACUGCCGAUCGCUUGCCACAGCCACUGCCGGUCGCGCACCUUGCCGCAGCCGCCGAUUGCUUACCCGUCUCGCCACAGCCGCCAACCACCUGCCCAAUUGCCACAGCCAACCACCAGCAGGCCUUGCUGCAGCCACCAAUCACCUGCCCAAUCGCUGCUGCCAAUCUCCUGCUUGCUGCUGCCAUUAAUUGCCUGGUUGUUUCAUGAUGUUCAUGCUGUUCAAGUGCUCAAAAUGCAUUACAUUCCUGGGCCACCAUAUUUUUCCCUGUAUAACACGCCCCCAUGUAUAAGACGCCCCCUAUUUUUGUGGCCUCCAAAUUGAGAAAAUGGGGAGAGAUUGUAUCCGUGUAUAAGACGACCCACAAUUUUGAACCUAAUUUUUUAAUAAAAAACCCUAGUCUUAUACCCUGAAAAGCACGACAAGUUCUGUUAUCCUUUGACAGAUGGUUCUCUGGUUCCAUGUUGGAACUAGGCCUGGUAAAUAGCAUGUCUAAAUCCUAAUAAUAAUACUAAGAUUAAAUUAUUUGUACCAUGCCCAUCUAACCGGGUUGCCCCAGCCACUCUAGGCGGGUUCCAACAUAAUAAAACAUAAAAAUUAUCUUUGUGAUGAACCUAAUUAUUCUUGUUUUUUUAAAUAUCCUUUCCAGCCUCCGUACAUUUGGGCCAUAUUUGCUACCAUCGUGCUGAUCUCUGGAGGUGUCUCUGACGUCCAGGAGUUGGUGGCUUCUGUAAGGAGACCCAGCUCCAGCCUCUCGCUAGUGGACAUCAUGGAAGUUCUGUACUGCAUGGCCACUUUGCUGUUUGCCAUGCGGGAUAAAAAGAUUCACAUCAGCAACAGGUACGUCUGCCAAGGGAGGGGCUUAAAAGGGGGCAGGGCAGUCAAGGAUCCCAGCAGCGGCGAAACCCAAGUUGCACCCUUGAACGCAGACGCACGUUUGCCUUGACUCCUUAUCUACCAACUAUUAAAUGCCAGCUGAAAACUUUUCCGUUCCGCCAGGCCUUUGCAGAGGCAGUUAAGGAUAUAACCUUCCGCAGUAGUUAAUUUGAUACCUGUCUUUAACUCUUUAAAAUGGUUUUAUUGUAUGGUUUUGAGUGUUCUGUGCAGUGAACCCCUUUGAUUUUUUUAAAAAUGAAGCAGUGGUAUGCAAUAUAUACCAUAUUUUUCGCUCUAUAAGAUGCACUUCCCCCCUCCUAAAAAGUAAGGGGAAAUGUGUGUGCGUCUUAUGGAGCGAAUGCAGGCUGCACAGCUUUUGCUGAAGCCAGGAGAGCAAGAGGGAUCAGUGCACACCAAUCCCUCUUGCUCUCCUGGCUUUGCUUCGCUGGAGAGCUGCUACGCAGCUUUCACUCUCUGCGCAGCGCCCCUUUAGCGAAGCGGGAGGAGAAACGGAGCCCCUUCCGUUUCUCCUCCUGCUUUGCUGGAGAUGCGCAGAGCUGAGAGGGAGAGAACAUUUUUUUUCUUGUUCUCCUCUAAAACUAGGUGCGUCUUAUGGUCGGGUGCGUCUUAUAGAGUGAAAAAUACGGUGUGAAUUAUUUUUUUAAAAAUUCAAUUCAUUCUCCCGCUUGGACUACUGCAAUGCGCUCUACGUGGGGCUACCUUUGAAGGUGACCUGGAAACUACAAUUAAUCCAGAAUGCGGCAGCUAGACUGGUGACUGGGACUGGCCGCCAAGACCACAUAACACCGGUCCUGAGAGAUCUGCAUUGGCUCCCAGUACAUUUCUGAGCACAAUUCAAAGUGUUGGUGCUGACCUUGAAAGCCCUAAACGGCCUCAGCCCAGUAUACCUGAAGGAGCGUCUCCACCCCCAUCAUCCAGCCCAGAGACUGAGAUCCAGCGCCGAGAGCCUUCUGGCGGUUCCCUCAUUGCGAGAAGUGAGGUUACAGAGAACUAGACAGGGGGCCUUCUCGGUAGUAGCGCCCGCCCUGUGGAACGCCCUCUCUUCAGAUGUGAAGGAAAUAAGCAGCUAUCCUAUCUUUAAAAGACAUCUGAAGGCAGCCCUGUUCAGGGAAGUUUUUAAUAUUUAAUUCUGUAUUGUUUUUAACACUUGAUUGGGAGCCGCCCAGAGUGGCUGGGGAAACCCAGCCAGAUGGGCGGGGUAUAAAUAAUAAAUUAUUAUUAUUAUUACUAUUAUUAUUAUUAUUAUUAUUAUUAUUUAUUAUUUAUUAUAUAUCAUUUCCCAUAAUUCUUUUAUUACUUUACAGUUCCACCACACGUGGCAAAAGGUGCCUUCUUUUUCUUUGCAUUUCCAGUGGAUUUUUGAACUUGUCCUAUACAUUUUUGCUAAUUUACUCGGGGUUAAAUACCAGCGAUACAUCGUUUUCGCAUCGUUUUCUUUUAAUGUGUAACAUGCUGUGAAUCUCAAAUCCCCUUUCCAUGAUUUCCCCCAUGCUGACUUCUGUAUAUUGUUACCUAGGUUUAUUCUUUCCAUCCUCGCUUAUGCUGUUAGGGACCUCUUUCGAUUCAUACACUCCUUCUCCCUGCGUCCUUGUAGGUUUCACUACAGCAUUUUCUACUGUCUCUAUCUCCUGGAGAAUUCUAGCAACGGCACCACAUUCGUCGAGCCGGAAUGGGGCAGCUCCGUAUACGAAAGAUGCCCUCACUGCAGGUACUUCCUGUGUUUACGUCGAAAGCUGAAAUGAACAGUGGCCGUUGCCAGCUUGCCUUGCAAGCCCUCCUGAAUCUUCCAACGUUUCAGGUUCAUUGGAUGAGUUCUGGUGUGAUGAGAGAGGGAGGAAAAUUUCCUGUAUCAGCUUUCUCCCUCGCGGGACAGGUUGGGGCUGCCACAGAUUCGGAGAACGGGGGCUCAUUUGAUUGCCAUGUUCUGUUGCUGUCGUUUAGUCUUGUCCGACUUUUCGGGACCCCCUGGACCAGAGCACGCCAGGACCAGACCACAAGGGUCAUUCAAUCUAACCCCCUGCAAUGCAGGAAUCUUUUGCCCAAUGUGGGAUUCGAACUCUUGACCCUGAUAUUAAGAGACACAUGCUCCACCAACUAAGCAAUCUCUGGGCCUGGAACCCAUGGGCAGUCCGAUGCAGGAAUUGCAAGCUGCCCAAUGAAGUGCAAAGCAAUUCGUAGGAACUUAGGAAGCAGCCUUCUGCAGAGUCAGACCAUUGGCCCAUCUAGUAUUGCCCACACUGGCUGGCAGCAGCUCUCUGGGGCUUUAGGCAACAUCCGCUAAGGGGAGAUGCUGGGACCUAAACCUUCUGCAUGCAAGUCACGGACCUGCCACUGAGUGUUGUUGUUUAGUCAUUUAGUUGUGUCCGACUCUUCGUGACCCCCUGGACCAGAGCACGCCAGGCACUCCUGUCUUCCACUGCCUCCCGCAGUUUGGUCAAACUCAUGCUGGUCUCUUAGAGAACACUGUCCCAGCAUCUCGUCCUCUGUCGUCCCCGUCUCCUUGUGCCCUCCAUCUUUCCCAACAUCAGGGUCUUUUCCAGGGAGUCUUCUCUUCUCAUGAGGUGGCCAAAGUCUUGAAGCCUCAGCUUCAGGAUCUGUCCUUCCAGUGAGCACUCAGGGCUGAUUUCCUUCAGAAUGGAGAGUUUUGAUCUUCUUGCAGUCCAUGGGACUCUCAAGAGUCUCCUCCAGCACCAGAAUUCAAAAGCAUCCAUUCUUCUGCGAUCAGCCUUCUUUAUGGUCCAGCUCUCACUUCCGUACAUCACUACUGGGAAAACCAUAGCUUUAACUAUAUGGACCUUUGUUGGCAAGGUGAUGUCUCUGCUUUUUAAGAUGCUGUCUAGGUUUGUGUUCCAUGCCGUGAACACGUGCCGUGUUCUAGCGUUUCAUUAAUCCAUGUUGGUUUUGGUCCUUUUCUUCAGCAACCCUGAUACACGACUCACUUAUGAACAGCAGACUAUCUUAAAUCACGCAAUUGCACCAGGGGAGGUUAUGAAAAUCAUCGCUUUUGCAGGUAAGGUGGCUUAAGUCGACACAGAAUCUUCUUCUUCUUCUUUGGCGAUCCCUCGUAGCCGAGUAAGAUUGUCUUCCAUGGGUACGGUCUUAACAGUGAGUCCGUAAGUGACUGUGGAGGCCAAUUCUGGAUCCACACGUCCUUCCACAGUGGGGACAUUGGUAUCCGGGCGGGAUUUGAUCACGGUGAGGGUUUGCCAAACGUAGCUUCCUCUUAGCACAUUUCUCCCUUGCGUCCUGAGUUUGAGUGUCUUCAAAGCCCAUGACACCUUUGGCAAAGGCUGUUCUCCAACUGGAGCGCUCGCAGGCCAGUGUUUCCCAGUUGCCGGUGUUUAUACUACUUUGUGGCCUUAAGCGUACAGGCCUUAAAAUGACCGCUUGAUGGCGCAUGGCGCCUUUUGAACUCUCCCUACCCUCUGGUGAUGGUUGUGGCAUUUUCUGUGACAAUUCCUUGGUUUAUUCAGGCCACGAAUAAACUUACUUAGUAUAUGUAGACCAGAUUCAUAUAUCAUCAUCAUCAUCAUCAUUAUUUUAUUAUUAUUAUGCUGCCCUUCAUAACAUGAUCUCAGGGCAGUUCACAGAAUAAAAAUACAAGAUAAAAGCACAAGUAAAUAAUUCAGACGAAAACCGCAAACCAGCAGCCCCACUUCCCACAGACACAUUUAAAAGGCUGUAGAAUAUUAAUAAGCCAAAGGCCUGGCUGAAGAGUAAUGUUUAUAUAUGUUAUAGAAUAUACAGUGGUACCUCAGGUUACAUACGCUUCAGGUUACAUACGCUUCAGGUUACAGACUCCACUAACCCAGAAAUUUUACCUUGGGUUAAGAACUUUGCUUCAGGAUGAGAACAGAAAUCGUGCUCUGGCGGUGUGGCAGCAGCAGGAGGCCCCAUUAGCUAAAGUGGUUAAGAACGGACCUCUGGAACGAAUUAAGUACUUAACCUGAGGUACCACUGUAUAUUUAUUCUGUAUUUUAUAACGUAUAGAACACUUUGAGUCCCUGUCAGGGAAAAAGUCAGGGUAUAAAUAAAUACGUAAUGAAAAGGAUGAUAAUAAUACAUCUGAAUUGACAGAGUACAGCCAGUUAUUGCUUCAAUUUCCGUCACUGUAACUAACCAGAACAUAGCUCUUUAUCUAAAUAAGUCUUGUUGGACUUCCCGCUCCCAUCAACCCCAGUCCACGUGGUCAGCCGUCCAGCAGCUUUUGGAGGGUUGUUGCUGCUCCAGCCACGAUCUACACUACAGUUUUGGAACUGUGGAAAGAGUUUCCGUUUCCUCCUCAGGGACAGGGAAGACUUCCACCCUGAUCAGGUACGCCGAGAAAUGGUCCCAGCUCCGAUUCCUGUACCUGGCGUUCAACAGGACCAUUGCGGAUCAGGCGGCGCAGAGGUUCCCCCCAAACGUGACGUGCAAGACGGUCCACUCCUUGGCCUUCAAGGAAGUCGGGAAAAAGUAAGUGGCAGCCUUCUCGUGGAUGUGCCCUGGUUAAAUGCAGGAACACAAGCAGCGCCCUCAAUGGCCCAUCAGUGGCCAGCAUCCUGUUCUUGCAUUCGCCGGCCAGAUGCAUGUGGGGAGGCAGCAAGCAGAGGGCCUUCUCGGUAGUGGCACCCACCCUGUGGAACGCCCUCCCACUAGAUGUCAAAGAGAAAAGCAACUACCAGACUUUUAGAAGACAUCUGAAAGCAGCCCUGUUUAGGGAAGCUUUUAACGUUCAAUAAGUUAUUGUAUUUUAGUGUUCUAUUGGAAGCUGCCCAGAGUGACUGGGAAAACCCAGCCAGAUGGGCGGGGUAUAAAUAAUAAAUUAUUAUUAUUGUUAUUAUUAUUAUCUGAGCACAGGAGCAACCCUCUCUCCUCCUGUGGUUCCUAGCGACUGGUCUUCAGAAGCGUUGCUGCCUCUGACAGUGGAGGGCAGAACUUCUUCUUCUUUGGCGAUCACUCGUAGCCAAGUAAGAUUCUCUUCCAUAAACAUGGUUUUAACAAUGAGUCCGUAAAUGACUGUGGAGGCCAAUUCUGGAUCCACACACAGCCAUCCUAGCUAGUAAGCUUUACAGCUGUCAGAUGGCGGUGGUGGUUGCUCGUGAGUAACCAGUCAGGGCUCCGACCUGUCUCUUACAGGUUUUUAUUUCGGUGCAAAACUAUUUACAGUGCAGCGACGUGGGUGGCGCUGUGGGUUAAACCACUGAGCCUAGGACUUGCCGAUCAGAAGGUCAGCGGUUCGAAUCCCUGCGACGGGGUGAGCUCCCAUUGCUCAGUCCCUGCUCCUGCCAACCUAGCAGUUCGAAAGCACGUCAAAGUGCAAGUAGAUAAAUAGGUACCGCUCCAGCGGGAAGGUAAAUGGCGUUUCUGUGCGCUGCUCUGGUUCGUCUGAAGUGGCUUAGUCAUGCUGGCUGCCGGCUCGCUCGGCCAGUAAAGCGAGAUGAGCGCCACAACCCCAGAAUCGGCCAUGACUGGACCUAAUGGUCAAGGGUCCCUUUACCUUUACCACAAGUUCAUGUCUGCCUCAGUCGCUAGCAGAAUCCGGGAGUGGUUGUUUCUGUCGGACUUCCGUUCAACUGAGCUACUCCUCCGGUCGAGUCCUCCGACCUGAUUAAUGACCUGAUGAGGCUCCAGGCCCAUUCUCUAAUUACGCAGAGUAUCCAGCCUGCAUGGAAGGGUGAGAAAAUAUGAGCUACAUUGCAAAGAGUUUUAUUCCUAACUACGCAGACAGAAAAGAAAUAGACAUGCUCUCUCUGUGAGAGCAGAGAGCAACUGAACAACAAAGGAACAGGAAACCAGUAACAUCACAUCCGUCUCCUGUAUUGGGUGAGACUUCCAAUAGCCUGGAAUCUCUGGAAUGCAAAACAGAGUCUUGUGACUCCAAGAGCACAGAAAUCUAACAGUUUCCGGGUCGUCCCCCGACAUAAUAGCUUAGUCACCCCCAGGCUUUUCCUUCCUUCUUUGCGUUUUACACCUCUGCGCAGGCUGGGCGAUGGAAGAGGCGUGCUUCCCUCUUGGCCAGCUUGUCCAGGAACGGUACUGAGGCUCCCAGCAGCAUCCUCUGGUCCCUUCUCCUCUUCCCCACUGGAGGUGGGGCUUUCCCCACCACAGGAAGAGAAACUGCUUCGCAAGAUUUUCAGAGUUUCCCUGUAACCCAACUGCCCCUCAGCUUCCCUUCCCUGUUCCGAUGGCUGUCACCUGACAUCAGCCAUUUGUCUAAACCCCUUCCAAGCCCAUACGAUCCUGGAAUCCUAGAAUUCCAGCAUUAGAAGGGACCCCUGGGGCAUCUUGCCACACUCCCUCUGAUGCAGCAAUUAAUUCAGCUAAAUAAUCUUACUUGGAUUUUUAAUUGCUACUCUUUCGAAUGUGACUGUUGGUAUAGUGGAACCUCGGUUCUCGACCGUCUCCAUUGACGAACGAUUCGGAACCUGGACUCUGAAAACCCGGAAGUAAUUGCUUCUGUUUUCGAACGCGCCUUGAAAGUCGAACGGCUUCUGCUGUGUGUUUUUCCAUUUCUUUCUAACGGAUUUUGCCGACCAUUGAUCCUCGGAUUCCGAACGUUUCGAAAGUCGAGCAAUCUUCCAGAAUGGAUUGCAUUCGAAAACCGAGGUUCCACUGUUGCUUUCCUUGGCGAGUUGUGCAAACCACUAUUCCGAAUGAUGCUUUUUGUAGAGUUGGGUCGGGGGCACCAGGGGAUUAGGGCUGGGUGAUGUCGGGUUUUCAACAUCACCAUGUGCUGCCAGCCGGACAGUGCAAUCUCUGCGAUGCGUCGCGAUGUUGAAGCUGAGGAGCGAGCUGUUUCGUCCCUGGCACAUCGAGGUGGCAGCUUGUUCCUCCAGCUGGGGGAGGAGUGUUGGGAUGCGUCCGGGGAGAUGGGGGUACCGUAUUUUUCACUCUAAAGGACGCACUUUUUCCCCUCCAAAAAUUGAGGGGAGAUGUGAGAUUUUGACCAGCUUUGGCCCAUCUGAAGCUGAUACAGGCUCGUCUUAUCUUGAGCCCAAGCGGAGUGUCAUCACACAGCAGAAGGAUAAGCAGGUAAUGUGCCACAUGCUGACUUUAUUUACAAGCUAUGCUGAGAGCAUACAAACAUGCGUCCUGUCUCUGUAAGAGCAGAGAAGCAACUGUCUCUCUAACAAAGAAACUGAGAGAACCGUGAAAAACAGGAAACCAGUGUACGUCACAUCCAGUCUCCCAUUCCUGUGGGAACCCAACAGUAACUUAGACUGUGGAAUGCAAAACAAUGUCUUGUGACAUGCAUUCGCUGCUCAGUGAGGAAGCAGAAACCAACAUGUGCGUCCUAUGGAGCAAAUGCAAGCUCCUUGGCUUCAGCGAUAGCAACGCUAAGCCUCCAAAGCGCAGAGGGAGCACUCCCUCCGUGCUCCAAAGGCUUCGCGUUGCUUUCGCUGAAGUCUGGAGAGUGAGAGGCGUCGGUGCGCACCGACCCCUCUCGCUCUCCAGGCUUCCGGCAGCCAGCGGGAUCCAUCCCGCUGGCUGCCUUGGCUUGUGACAGAGCCGCGCGCUACCCCUCUGGCAGGGAGAGGUUGCGCGCAUGCUGUACGCUGCUCUUUGGGGCUGGGGGGGAAAUAAGAUUAUUUUUCUUGAUUUUCCCCCCUAAAAACUGGGUGUGCCCUAUGGUCUGGUAUGCCCUAUGGAGCGAAAAAUACGGUAAUUGGCUCCCAGCUGGCUCCAGCCCACCAGCCGGCAGCCGGGCGAACUCCCGUUGUCGGAACAGCAUCAAAAACUGUGACUCAGGCCUCAGAAAACUUUAGAGACUGAGCGCGCAAGCCAGCAGAGAUAAUAACAAUAAUAAUAAUAAUUUAUUAUUUAUACCCCACCCAUCUGGCUGGGCUUCCCCAGCCACUCUGGGCAGCUUCCAAAAAAAUACUAAAAUACCGUAAUACAUCAAAAAUUAAAAGCUUCCUUAAACAGGGCUGCCUUCAGAUGUCGUCUAAAAGUCUGGUAGUUGUUGUUCUCUUUGACAUCUGGUGGGAGGGCGUUCCACAGGGCGGGUGCCACCACUGAGAAGGCCCUCUGCCUGGUUCUCUGUAACUUCGCUUUUCGCAGUGAGGGAAUCGCCAGAAGGCCCUUGGCGCUGGACCUCAGUGUCCGAGUAGAAUGAUGGGGGUGGAGACGCUCCUUCAGAUUAGAACUCAUUUCAGCAGAAGUGGCAGACAGAGGCUGUGUAAAGCGUAUUUACAAGCAUAUUAUUCAGCAUCAGGACAGAGGAAAAACAUGUCUGCUUCCCUUUGUGUCAAUGCAAACAGCAUAAGCAAAAGCUAUACACAACGGAAGUUGCCAGCAAGCUGUGCUGGAAGUAAACAGACAUGUGACAUACAACAACCCACACAUCUGUUUUAAGGUGGAACGGAACAUCCGAAUCCUAACAUGGAGGGCAUCCCCUUCGGACUUCACAGUUGUAAAGUCUCUUCCUUCUCUCUCUCUCCCUCCCAUUGCCCCACUUCCAACCUGGUGCAGCUACAAGAAGAAGCUCAACGCUGGCUCGCUGAGCUCCUAUUGUGUCAGCUUCGUCCUCCGCAACCGCGAGGGCCAGUCGUUGUACACCAGAGCCAAGACAGUGAUUGAGACCCUCUCGGCAUUCUUUGCCUCCGCCGACGAAUCCAUUUCUACGGAACACACGCCCCUCUGGUGCAAGAACAACCAGGGGCAGCUCGUUCUUGUCCAGGAAGCAGAAAAGCGAGUGAGUAUUCGUGAUCAGGAGAAGCUCGGCUCCUUUAUUGCUCCGGGUUUGGGCAGGAAGGCGUUGCGGGCGGGCAGCAGGCUUGCUGGUGUCAAAAGCGUCGGAAAGCCCUAGGGGCUGCUGUUGCCUCCUCACGCGUGAAACUCGCUGCCGCUGAAGGAAUGGCUUUCCCAAACCCCAAAACUGACUGUGCAGGCAGUUUGAAACUGCACCAAAAUCCCUAUUUUUCCUUGGUUAAAUUGCUUUAACUUGAGCUCUUGAGCCGAAACCCAGCUGUAUAAACAAGUGCUCAGAGCCCUCUCCUUUAUCAGUUUGUGGCGGCAAGUAUGGCCUUGACUGUACCAGUAGAACAGGGAAGACACGUCUGUGCCUUAUCUUAUAUCCUGACCACAAAAGACGCACAGACCUAGUCUGGGAACAGCGCCAGAGGGUGUUCUUGGAGAUGGUGACCUCUUGCUCCAAGAUAAGAGUAGGAACAGGAAGAUCCUUUUAUGAUCAGAAGUAUAGGAAGGAAUAUCCUUUUAGGGUCAGAAGUAUAGGAAGGAAUACCCUUUUAUGGUUAAGAGUACCGGAGCAGGAACAUCUGUGAUGUCAACCUGCGUGUACAAGCUGACUGGCUGGAUUCCUGGGGAAGUGGGGAGGGGGUGCCUGGAGGAUAUAUACUGCAUGUAAUCUCUCAUUUCUUUGGACUUGUUGUGGACACACCACGCAGGUGCCUUUCUGCUGUUCCGGAGAGCAGAAAUAAAGAACUCUUUCUCUGAACCAGCCCUCGGUGUCAUUUGACUUCCUUCCUCCUGUCUGGGAGCAACGCAGACCCAAUCGGUGAACUCCAAUAAGGCUACACCGCAAACGCCUUUCUCCGAUUUUGGCAUUCUUUGGCCCCUCGUUAGUGAGCGUCCUCCAGGCAGUUCUCGCAAAAUUCAAAACAAGGAGAUGUGCAACAGUCGAAGCUGAAACUGCAGAAUUGCUCCAUGCCCUGGUGGUCUCAUGGUUUGACUGCUGUAAUGCGCAAUGCGUGGGGCCACCGUCACACCUGGUUUAGAAGCUGCAGCAAAAUGCAGCUGCAAGGGUGCUUUGCGGGACAGCCAGCUUUGCCCAUGUUAUCCCAGCAUUGAAAGGUGCCACUUUGCUACAGAGCAAGGUUCUAGGUUCUGUGGCUGAUAUUUAAAACCCUAAACAACUUGGGGCCAGGAUUCCUUGCAGACUGCUCUCCUGGUACUGACCAAGCCGAUGGUUUUUCUCCCCCUUUUCUUAAUGACUGAUUGGGUUUUGUACGUUUACAAAGCUAAAUAUGAAAAAAAAGGUAAGGCAUAAUAACAAAUAGAGAAGUCUCUCAUAAAACAGGCAGGGACAGCCCUCAGCUUCGAUGGCUUUAAAAAAGAACUGGACAAAUUCAUGAAGGAGAAUUGGAUAAAUUUAUGGGGUGGGUGGGAAGGGGGGUAAUAUAAUAAUAAUAAUAAUAAUAAUGGUAAAGGUAAAGGGACCCCUGACCAUUAGGUCCAGUCGUGGCCGACUCUGGGGUUGCGGCGCUCAUCUCGCUUUACUGGCCGAGGGAGCCAGCGUACAGCUUCUGGGUCAUGUGACCAGCAUGACUCAGCCGCUUCUGGCGAACCAGAGCAGCGCACGGAAAUGCCGUUUAUCUUCCUGCUGGAGUGGUGCCUAUUUAUCUACUUGCACUUUGACGUGCUUUUGAACUGCUAGGUUGGCAGGAGCAGGGACCGAGCAACGGGAGCUCACCCCAUUGCAGGGAUUCGAACCGCCGACCUUCUGAUCAGCAAGUCCUAGGCUCUGUGGUUUAACCCACAGCGCCACCCGCGUCCCUAAUAACAAUAAUAGUAAUAAUAAUAAUAAUUUAUUAUUUAUACCCUGCCCAUCUGGCUGGGUUUCCCCAGCCACUCUGGGCGGCUUCCAACAGAACACUAAAAUACAAUAACCUACUAAAAUGCAAUAAAAUACAAUAUUUCAUGUAACAUAACAUUUAUGGGGGAAAAAUGAAAAGAAUACAGUGGUACCUUGGUUGUCAAACGUAACCUGUUCCGGGAGUCCGUUUGACAACCGUAACUGUUUGAAAAUCAAGGCGCGGCUUCUGAUUGGCCGCAGGAGCUUCCUGCACCCAAUCAAAAGCUGCAGAAGCUGCGUUGGACGUUCGGCUUCCGAAAAACGUUUGCAAACCGGAACACUCACUUCCGGGUUUGUGGCGUUUGGGAGCCGAUUUGUUUGGGAGCCUAGCGAUUUGACAGCCAAGGUACCACUGUAUUCCAGCCAUGUAAAUAAUAACAUUAACAAUACUCAAAUAAUUACCGUAUUUUUCGCUCUAUAAGACGCACCAGACCACAAGACGCACCUAGUUGUUGGAGGAGGAAAACAAGAAAAAAAAUAUUAUGAAUCUCAGAAGCCAGAACAGCAAGAGGAAUCGCUACGCAGUGAAAGCAGCAAUCCCUCUUGCUGUUCUGGCUUCUGGGAUAGCUGUGCAGCCUGCAUUCGCUCCAUAAGACGCACACACAUUUCCCCUUACUUUUGGGGAGGGAAAAAGUGAGUCUUAUAGAGCAAAAAAUAUGGUAAGCAAUUUAUUCUGACCCACUAAUAAACAAAACCUAAAGUCUACAGAUCAACCUUAGUCUACAGAUCAUUCACAUCAAACCAACAAUUCCCCCCCACACCUUUAACCUUCCCCCCACACCCAGAAGUCUAGUGUCAGGACCAGCUGUUACCGUAUAUAAUUUAUAUAUAAUUUAUUACUUCUACCCCGCCCAUCUGGCUGGGUUUCCCCAGAACUGCAACUAGAUAAUGUGUCCGAAGUUCUUUGAGCUCUUGGCGCUGCCCUUGUGCUACACUCUCACUUUGCAGCAUGCUAGAAAAUCUUCAGGAUAAUAAUAAUAAUUUUAUUAUUUGUAGCCCCCCCCCCCAUCUGGCUGGGUUUCCCCAGCCACUCUGGGUGGCUCCCAAUAGAACACUAAAAACAGAAUAAAACUUCAAAGAUUAAAAACCUCCGUAAACAGGGCUGCUUUCAGAUAUCUUCUAAAAGUCAGAUACAGUGGUACCUCGGGUUACAUACGCUUCAGGUUACAGACUCCGCUAACCCAGAAAUAGUACCUCGGGUUAAGAAGUUUGCUUCAGGAUGAGAACAGAAAUCGUGCAGCAGCGGCGCGGUGGCAGCGGAAGGCCCCAUUAGCUAAAGUGGUGCUUCAGGUUAAGAACAGUUUCAGGUUAAGAACGGACCUCCAGAACGAAUUAAGUACGUAACCAGAGGUACCACUGUACUUGUUUAUUUCCUUGACAUCUGAUGGGAGGGCGCCACCACCGAGAAGGCCCUUUGCCUGGUUCCCUGUAACCUCACUUCUCGCAGGGAGUGAACCGUCAGAAGGCCCUCGGUGCUGGACCUCAAGUGGACGAUGGGAGUGGAGAUGCUCCUUCAGGUCUACUGGACCAAGGCCAUUUACAAGUCUGGGGUGGGUAGGUCAAGUGUCUUCUAGGGACGGUCCAGCGUUUCUCGUCUCCCUUCGCAGGGGUGGGCUGUGGGGAGCAAGUUCAACCUCCGGCAUCUUCAAGUAGGUCUAAAAAAGAUCCCAGCCUGAAAUUCUGGAGAUCUGCUGCCAGCCAGAGCACGCAGUAUUGAGCUGCAUGGAGCAGUGGGUCUGAAUCAGUUUGUAAGGCAGAUUCCUCUGUUCCGUCUUCUUAGCCUGAUCAUUCCAGGCAAUUUCCCCCCCCCCCCAUCUUGUGCCUUUGUAGAUCAUCGUCGGCGAAGCAAACCAAAUAUGGGAAAAUAUGAAAAAGCUGGGGCCUGUCAGGGAGAUGGCUUAUAAGAUGACUCAUGAUGGUAAGUGGGUGAUCAGAGGUUGGGGAGAAAGGUCAUGCUCCCUGCCUUGAUUUGUGCCUGCAAAUAAUAAUAAUAAUAAUAAUUAUAAUUAUAAUUAUAAUUAUACCCCACCCAUCUGGCUGUGUUUCCCCAGCCACUCUGGGCAGCUCCCAGCAGAAUAUUAAAAACACGAUAAAACAUCAAAUAUUGAAAACUUUUCUGAACAGGGCUGCCUUCAGAUGUCUUCAAAAAGUCAGUUGUUUUUCUCCUUGACUUCUGACGGGAGGGCGUUCCCCAGGGAGGGUGCCGCUACUGAGAAGGCCCUCUGUCUGGUUCCCUGUAACUUGGCUUCUUGCAGUGAGGGAACUACCAGAAGGCCCUCGGAGCUGGACCUCAGCUUUUGGGUGCUUGUAGAAAUCCCAAAGUGGUGUUGAUGAGUCAUGGUUUUGCUGCUAUAGGUGUAGACACCUAUAGGCUUAAAAAAAACCCAUGGAUGGCGUUACAUUGCACUCCGAAUUAAUAUUUUUUGAUGAAUGUUGUGUCCUCCUUUCUAGGCUACUUGAAACUCUGGCAGCUCCAAAAGCCUUCUCUUUCUCACUACGAUGCAAUCUUCGUUGAUGAGGCCCAAGACUGCACCCCUGGUGAGUAAUAUUUUGGGUUGCACUGAAAAGAGUUUGACUUUUUCCAAGCCCCGCUCUCAUAAACAGGGUGAAGGUGUUCUCUUCCUUUAAAAUCGACGUAGGCAGAUUUGUCACUGCGAACAUUUGGCUAAAAGGGCAGGAGGGAUCUGUCGUUUUGCAGCAAAAGACUUUGCUUCCAGACUGUUUAUUAUUAUUUUCAUUUCUAUACCGCUUUAUAUAUAUAUUUUUAAAAAUCUCAGAGCAGUUUACAGAAUAUAAAAACAUCAAAAAAAAUCAAUAAAACAAUCUGAAGAAAGCCAAAUAUAGACUAUACAGUGAAAACAACAUAAUUAACAGAAAACUCAAAUAUUAUCGCAAAGAUUUCAAAACAAAACAUUACAAAGGAGGUCAGCUACUGAAUACAUAUUUAACACAAACAAACAAAUCUUAAACAUUAAACAAUACGCAUUGGAGACCCAGGGUGCAUAUUUCAGUUUACUCAUAUGAUUCGAUAAUCUUUAUUGUCAUUGUCCCAUACAGAACAACGAAAUUGAAAAUCUACAUCAGACAUUCAGAAACCAACAAGCCUGCUAUCCCAGCUAUCCCAACCUGGUUAGCCCCCUAAAAACUCUGAUACCCCAUUUUAAAAUACAAUAUACUCCCAUAGAGACUCCUUACACUGAGUUUAAAACCAAAAUCGCAUUUGGGUAGAAACUGUUUCUCAGGCGGCUAGUCCUAGUCUUGAUAACCCUGUACCUUCUUCCAGAAGGCAGAAGCUGAAAGAGAUCAUUUCCAGGGUGCGCACUAUCCUGCGCUAUCUCUGCAGCUUUCUUAUGACACCUGGAAGCAUAGAUUUGAUCCAAGGUGGGAAGAGUGCACCCAAUUAUUCUCUCCGCAGUCUUUACAACCCUGGACAGCAUUGUUUUUCCCCUGACCGUGCAGCUCCCAAACCACACACACAGACCAUAAGUUAAUACACUCUCAACACUACAAUGGUAAAAUGCCAUCAACAGGUCCUUUGAGAGACUGUUUUUCCGGAGGAUUCUCAGAAAAUAUAACCUCUGCUAUGUUUCAGAUGGGAUGUGGAUGGCGCUGUGGGUUAAACCACAGAGCCUAGGACUUGCCGAUCAGAAGGUUGGCGGUUCUAAUCCCUGUGACGGGGUGAGCUCCCGUUGCUCGGUCCCUGCUCCUGCCAACCUAGCAGUUCAAAAGCACGUCAAAGUGCAAGUAGAUAAAUAGGUACUGCUCCAGCGGGAAGGUAAACAGCGUUUCCGUGCGCUGCUCUGGUUCGCCAGAAGCGGCUUAGUCAUGCUGGCCACAUGACCUGGAAGCUGUACGCCGGCUCCCUCGGCCAAUAAAGCGAGAUGAGCGCCGCAACCCCAGAGUCGGCCAUGACUGGAUCUAACGGUCAGGGGUCCCUUUACCUUUACCUUUUUAUGUUUCAGAUAUUAAUGGCGGUUGACAUUUAGAAAGAUAGACUUGUGGAAGCGAUGAGUUUUUAGGUGUGGUAUUGAGAAUGUUGCUGGGCGGCUUCCAACAAAAGAGUAAAAAUACAUUAAAACAUCGAUCAUGAAAAACUUCCCUAAACAGGGCUGCCUUCAGAUCAUUGAAGGCAAUUCUGCCCGUCUGUACCGCUCUUCCCUGUGAAAAAUUCACCACGACCUGCAUAAACAUAAGUUUUUCAGUGUACGGUUGUGAAGUUUUGCUUCUCUUUCUGAAUACGCCAUUCCUCUCCCUGCAGCUAUCAUGGACAUUGUCCUCUCCCAGUCGUGUGGGGCCAUCUUGGUAGGAGACCCUCACCAGCAAAUCUAUUCCUUCCGCGGCGCGGUCAAUGCGCUGGCCGAAGUUUCUCACACCCACAUGUUCUACCUCACAAAGGUGAGCCUCCGCAAACCUUCGCUUGGGCCCAGGUGCUUUAUUCCGCAUUCCCAUUGGGGCAACCCACAUUCCAGUGGCGGGCAGUUCCAGAGGCAAAACUGGGCAGGGCGGCAAAUGCGAAUUAGGGGGCGUCUUAUACGCAGGGACAGGGACGCGGGUGGCGCUGUGGGUUAAACCACAGAGCCUAGGACUUGCCAAUCAGAAGGUCGGCGGUUCGAAUCGCCGCGAUGGGGUGAGCUCCUGUUGUUCAGUCCCUGCUCCUGCCAACCUAGCAGUUCGAAAGCACGUCAAAGUGCAAGUAGAUAAAUAGGUCCCGCUCUGGCGGGAAGGUAAACGGCGUUUCCGUGCGCUUCUCUGGUUCGCCAGAAGCGGCUUAGUCAUGCUGGCCACAUGACCCGGAAGCUGUACGCCGGCUCCCUUGGCCAGUAAAGUGAGAUGAGCGCCGCAACCCCAGAGCCGGUCACGACUGGACCUAACGGUCAGGGGUCCCUUUACCUUUACCUAUAUGUGGGGACAUCUCCCCCCAUUUUCUUAAAUCUGAGUCCCCCAAAGUAGGGGGCGUCUUAUACAUGAUAGCGUCUUAUAGACAGAAAAAUACACUACGACUACCUCUAGUAGUAAGGAGCUUGGAAGUCUAAACCCAGGUAGGAGAACGGCGGCCCAGUUUCCAGAGCAUCUUUUCCAAUCUCUGCUCUGUUUGCUUGCUUCACUUCUACAGAGCUUCCGGUUUGGUUCCGAAAUAGCUUACGUCGCCGCUACUCUCCUGGACGUCCUCAAGAAAGUUCGAAAGCAGACGUUGGUCGGAGGCAGCCAGGAAGGUGAGACAUUCAGCUCAGCCGUAUUCCUUUUUUUAUUUUUUUAAGGAAGCACCGAGGUGGAUUUGAUUUAAAUCAAAUUGAUUUAAAUCACUAGUCAGUAAGACUUGAUUUAAAUCAUUUUUUUUUCUUUUGCAGAAAGACCUUCCUGCUGGUAUAAUCUUAAUAUUUACAACCAAGUGAAGGUUUCAUUUUUGGAAUAAUAAAUUUUCAGAGUAGUUUUUACAGUUAUAUCAGAAAUUACUGAUUUGGUUAUACUAUUAGAAAUAGAUAGACAGAUAAUUAUGAAGUUAUUGUGAGGUUAAGUUAACAGUUUAUAUUUGGACAACUUUUCUGCUGUACUAUAUUGGAAGGAGAAACAUAAUCAUUUCCUUAAUAAUAAUUAAAACAAUUUAUUUAACUAAAACAGUAACAUUGUAGCAUAUGUAUCCAUGUUUGUUAACGGCUGUGGUUACAUUUUUUUUUCAUUAAAAGAACAAACUUAUACUGAGUUUCAGCACACAUGAAAAACUUAAAACAAAUCCUUGUUUCCUGAUAAAUAGCCUUUGGACUAUAACAUAACAAAUAGAAAACUAUAUUUAGAAAGAUUUUUUCCUCCAAAAGCAUUUUAUUUUAAAAAUCCAAUUUAUUUAUUUUUUUAAAAGUCUGAUUUGAAUUUAAAAAAUCCAUUUCAAAUAUAUAUAUAUAUAUAUAUAUUUGAGAAAAAAAAUCAUGGUUUUUGAUCCACCCUGGGAAGCACUGAUUCUCUCAGCUCGGUCUGUGACAGAUACUUUGCUUCGCUUUUUGGCAGGUGAUAUCACCGGGGCUGAUGUGACGGGGAAAGUAACUCGCUUGUCUCGGUGCAACCAAACCGUCUUCGAGGAUGCUGUGAAACUUACAAAUGGAGAACCACCGGAUAAAAUACACAUCCUUGGGGUAUGGAACUAGCUAUACACAGGGUGGGGUGGUGGGGAGGAGGAGAAAAAAGUUAUGGGGUUUUGCUUGGAGCCCUGGAUUUCAGGGGUGAGAACAGACAUCACAUUUUUAAUGUGCCAGGGCUGUUCUUCAACCACUCUCUCGACAUUAAGUUCAAAUGGGAUCUAGGGGUCUUGUUGUGGUUUAGUCGUUUAGUGGUGUCCGCCUCUUUGUGGCCCCCUGGACCAGAGCAUGCCAGACACUCCUGUCUUCCACUGCCUCCCGCAGUUUGGUCAAACUCAUGCUGGUAGCUUCAAGAACACUGUCCCACCAUCUCGUCCUCUGUCGUCCCCUUCUCCUUGCGCCCUCCAUCUUUCCCAACAUCAGGGUCUUUUCCAGGGAGUCUUCUCUUCUCCUGAGGUGGCCAAAGUCUUGGAGCCUCAACUUCAGGAUCUGUCCUUCCAGUGAGCACUCAGGGCUGAUUUCCUUCAGAAUGGAUAGGUUUGAUCUUCUUGCAGUCCAUGGGACUCUCAAGAGUCUCCUCCAGCACCAGAAUUCAAAAGCAUCCAUUCUUUGGCGAUCAGCCUUCUUUAUGGUCCAGCUCUCACUUCCAUACAUCACUACUGGGAAAACCAGAGCUUGAACUAUACGGACCUUUGUUGGCAAGGUCCCUCCAAGUCCAACGUCCUGUCCGCUCCCAGAGUCUAUGUGCAAUUCACCCUCCUUUUAUUUUUUGUUAGGGGCUUAAAGCCUUUGGCCUGGAGAAGAUCCAUGACAUAUGGAAGCUCCUCCAUCCCGAAUGUAAGUACUUUGGCUAGUGUAAACACUCCUGCGGUUUCGUUUCUGGGUCUGUGCCUCAACUGGGGAAAACUGGGCCAUUAGAGCAUUUUCUGCUCAUAAUGGCGGACUUUGCUGGCGAGUGCCAACAGGACUGUGACCAAAAUGGGGCCAUUGGGAAAUGAGAGGGAAGUACCUUGGUUGUCGAACGCCCUGGAACUCGUACGUUUUGGCUCCUGAACGCUGCAAACCCGGAAGUGAUUGUUCCGGUUUGCGAACGUUCUUUUGGAACCUGAAUGUCUGAUGGGGCUUCCGCGGCUUCUGAUUGGCUGCAGGAGCUUCCCGCAGCCAAUCAGAAGCCGCGAUUUGGUUUUUGAAAGUUUUGGAAGUCAAACGGAUUUCAGGAAUGGAUUCCGUUCGACUUCCAAGGUCCAACUGUAUUGAGUUUGUGGGAGAGCCCCAGGGUCUACAGAAGCACCAGAAUCAAAUCAAAUCAAAAACUACAAUAAACCCAAUGAAGACUGGCGAUUUCAGAAAGCUGUUGAGGGAGAAUGGAAAAGUAAAGGAGAUUGGGAAUGGAGUGGAAGGAAGUAGACACAGCUUGCUGACAGUCGAACACUGAACAGAAGCGUCUCAAACCAUAGCAUUUUGUUACAAGCCCCGCUUGCGCCACCUAAUUCAAAUCACACAUAAUGCAAAGCCAUGGUUUAUUAAACCACAGCUUAGUGUUGUGGGUGAACCCUGCUUGACUGUGGUUUGUUUCCUCUCAACAUACCGUUAUAUGAAGCUGCAGCUUGUUGGCCCGCAAACUUCGGCUUGCUUUAACAAUGGCUUGGUGUUACAUGUGAACUCGACACCCUUGUUGGGUGUUGCAAGCCGCUUGUUGGAUCACCUGUGGGACAACUUACGGUUAUAUAAUAUAAUAAUAAUUUAUUAUUUGUACCCCACCCAUCUGGCUGGGUUUCCCCAGCCUCUCUGGGCGGCUUCCACAGAGACCAAAAAUACACUAAAAUGUCACGCAUUAAAAACUUCCCUGAACAGGGCUGCCUUAAGAUGUCUUCUGAAUGUCAGGUAGUUGUUUAUCGCUUUGACAUCUGAUGGGAGGGCGUUCCACAGGGCGGGUUAAUACAUGGGUGGUUAAAUAGACCGUGGCUUGCCAUCAUGUGUGAACCAGGCCACUGGGUCAGGAAACUCCCGAUAAGGAUGUCCAGAAUCUAAUGGUAAUGCAGACAAGAUGGGGGAUUUUACUGUGAUGGGCCUAGGUUCAGAGGUGAGAUGGGAGCAGAUCCAGGACUGAGCGAUGUAUGGACUGGGAUCCCUGCAGAUGGGCUGAGCGAAAGGUGCAAGGCAUGAUGAAUGGAUUUGCUAGUUCAGGCAGAAGAACUCGCUGGCAGAGUUGAUCGGUUGAUUUACGUGUGAACUGCCCACCAAUAGCCUCUUCCUACAUCAAGGCAACUGGGAGGAACUCCCCGUUUUCCUUGGAAGCCUUGCCUUCUCUGCAUCAUUUUGUCCCUGCUUGUGUGUUCCCAGUGAAACUUGAGGUGAUGGACCCCUUUAUCAAAAAGUGGGUCGAUAAGGGCUUUGCAGGCCUCAAGGACUACGCAGCAAAGUCCGAAGAUAAGCAGCUGGAGAUGAAGAUUGCCAUUGUGGAGAAAUACAAGGACCGCAUCCCGGAACUGGUGGAAAGAAUAGAGCAGUGCCAUGAGUCCAUUCCAGAGAUCGCAGGUAAGAGGAGCACAAGGCAACUUCUUUGCUUUCAAGGCCAGAAGAGGAAAUAAAACUUGACAUGUUUUCUCAAGGACUGAUUACUUUUACAGUGGUACCUCAGGUUAAGUACUUAAUUCGUUCCAGAGGUCCGCACUUAACCUGAAACUGUUCUUAACCUGAAGCACCACUUUAGCUAAUGGGGCCUCCUGCUGCCGCCGCCAUGUGAUUUCUGUUCUUAUCCUGAAGCAAAGUUCUUAACCUGAAGCACUGUUUCUGGGUUAGCGGAGUGUAUAACCUGAAGAGUAUGUAACCUGAAGCGUAUGUAACCUGAACCGUAUGUAACCCGAAGUACCACUGUAGCUUAAAUAAUGAUAAUAAUAAUAGUUUAUUAUUUCUCCCCCGCCCAUCUGGCUGAGUUUCCCCAGCCACUCUGGGCGGCUUUCAACAGAAUAUUAAAAUACAAUAGUCCAUUAAACAUUAAAAGCUUCCCUAAACUGGGCUGCCUUCAGAUGUCUUCUAAAAGUUUGGUAGUUAUUUUUCUCUUUGACAUCUGGUGGGAGGGCGUUUCACAGGGCGGGUGCCACUACCGAGAAGGCCCUCUGCCCGGUUCCCUGUAACUUGGCUUCUCGCAGGGAGGGAACCGCCAGAAGGCCCUCGGCGCUGGACCUCAGCGUCCAGGCAGAACGAUGGAGGUGGCGACACUCCUUCAGGUAUACUGGACCGAGGCCGUUUAGGGCUUUCAAGGUCAGCACCAACACUUGAUGGCAAGCCGGUUGAAACUGUGGGAGUCGAGUCUGUUUUGGUUUUUGGUUUUGGUUAAAGGGGAAAAGAUGCAGUCUCUUAAAAAGAGAAUUUCUUAGAUGCUAAGGUUUGGGGCAAGUAUUCUUUGGUAAGAGAACCCCAGCAGAGAAUUAAAAUCACAGCAGAUAUUUAAAAUCACUUUUGCAGCAAAGCGAAGCAUGGAAAUAUAGGCUAUUCGACCUUUAAAACAUCCCCUUCUAAGUUACUUCCAAAGUUCCUACUUCCUGUAGCGUAAAAAGAGACCACACGUUUGGCAAGUUAAAAACGGUUUACUUACAAACUCUUCAAAGUACAGAUUCGUGUGCUUUUCCAUACGGCAGUAAGAAAACACAGGCAGUAAAACGUAGGUUCCAAAGUGUGGUGAAGGUUUCUAAAUUAUUUGUAUGGAAGCACAAUGAUGGCUUGCUUAAACCACGUGAUCGAAGCUCGGAGCAUCCAGCUCGCCCCUCCUUAAUGGUAGAGUUCACAUGGAGAAAUGCGAAGAACAGACGUUGCAUAACCCUUCUUUCUAAGGCAUGGGGGAGUAGUGACCUAGCUAGGCCCGGCAGGACAGCUUCCUCCGUGGUCUUAACCCCUUUGUGCAUUAAUUAGACUUAAGCCUGUUGGUUAUAUGAUAGGGUUACCAGACGUCCCCGGUUCCCGGGGACAGUCCCCAGAUUUGCAAAUCUGUCCCCGGACAAAUUCUGUCCCCGGAAUUUCCCCAGAUUUGCACAUCUGUCCCCAGCAAACAUGGCAGCGGCAGCCUCAGCAGCCCGGAGCCAGCCUGGUAGCGCAGUUGGCUCUGGCUGGCUCCGGGCUGAUGACUGCUGCUGCUGCCACUGCCAAAGGGAAACCGGGGACGUUUGGCGGUACAGAUCUCCUGCUCCCUUCCCCCUUUUGACUGAUGGGGGAGGCCUGGGAGUUGCAGGCGGGCAGCCGUUGCCCAGGAGGGGCGCAAGGCGUGUGGUUUCUCUGCCAGGCAAGGUGCAAAGCUCUUUCACACCCUGUGAAACAUAAAUGCGCAGUUUUUUAAAAAAACGGGGCAACGGCGCGCCGCCAGCCCAUGACUCCCGAGCCUCCCUGAUCUCCUGCCCCCUGCCCCCUUUGUUUUGACAGAUCGGGGGAGGCUCAGGAGCCGUGGGCAGGCGCCAUUGUCCAGUUUUUUAAAAAUACUCUGCACAUUUAUGUUUCACAGGGUGCGAAAGAAGGGCUUUGCACCUUUCUACAAUAUGCAUGUGUGCUUGGGCCCAGGGUCUUUGGCCUCACCAUCCCCACUACUGACUCCCUGUUGCUACUCAGCUUCCAAAAAAAAAAAAAAAAGUGUCCCCGGGUUCAUUGAAAAGAAUCUGGUAACCAUAUUAUAUGAGGCUGGUUAUCCCACAAAAUCCAAGCAAGUUGGAGAGCCUAAAAACUCUUGUUGUGCCAGGUUCACUUUUAUGCUCUCUGCCUUGCCUCGGGGGCAAGGCCCUCUUGGUUCGCAGGUUCUGGGAGUACUGGGAAUUCUUUCUCUCUCCCCUCCCUCACCCACUAGCCACGGGGGCUGCUCCAAGGGUUUGGGUAUACCCAAUUUUCACCCUUGGAACCGACCCCCCCCCAAAUAAGAUGCCAACUUAAUGGGCUUAGGAUUUUAUUUAUGUUAAGUGAUGAAUUAAUACAUUAAAUUCUAUAAGGUGAAGAUUUAAGGAUGUUAAUGUUUAAGUUAAAUUUCAUAAAAAUUGGGAUUUGGAAAACCGUUAAAAGGACAUGCAAUCAAAUUCAACCAAGGGGAAGCGAGGAAGUCACUUAACAAAGUUAAUAACUGUAAUUUUUAAUAAGGCUAUGAUUUAUGUUUGUUUGUCUUGUGUGUUUCUUUGUUUGUUUGUUUAUAAUAUUGUGAAAACCUAUAAAAUGUUUGGAAAAAACCAACAACAAAUAAGAUGCAAUUGCACUGUACUCGAACUGCCCUCUCACUGGAGAAGAGGAGGUUAAGGGGUGAUAUGAUAGCCAUGUUCAAAUAUAUAAAAGGAUGUCACAUAGAGGAGGGAGAAAGGUUGUUUUCUGCUGCUCCAGAGAAGCGGACACGGAGCAAUGGAUCCAAACUCCAAGAAAGAAGAUUCCACCUAAACAUUAGGAAGAACUUCCUGACAGUAAGAGCUGUUCGACAGUGGAAUUUGCUGCCAAGGAGUGUGGUGGAGUCUCCUUCUUUGGAGGUCUUUAAGCAGAGGCUUGACAACCAUAUGUCAGGAGUGCUCUGAUGGUGUUUCCUGCUUGGCAGGGGGUUGGACUCGAUGGCCCUUGUGGUCUCUUCCAGCUCUAUGAUUCAAAAAUUCAAAUUCAAAUUAUCUCACGGUUACAGGAUUGUGACUGUCGAAAGGCUUGUUUGCCUCUUUGACGCCGAUGGACCAUAUUGUCUAAUAUUGUUCAUGCAACAGUGAUGGACUUUCAUUUUCUCUGAUUAUAUUACAUACUCUCUGUUUAAGAGUUGCUAUGCUUGGAGCUUCUAUUACCGCACGAUUACAGGAUUGGGACUGUUGAAAGGCUUGCUUGCCUCUGUGAUAUUGAUAUUGACCUUCUCUCAUUUUGUUCAUACAAUAUUGAUUUAUAUUAUCAUUUGUAUCUCCGUCAUAUAUUUUCUGUCUAAGAACUGUGAAAUAAUACAUGUUACAUAUAUUCUGUUAGAACAUGAUUAGCCACAUGUUGCCUGUUAUUGUUUAAAGUUUAUAAUAAUAAUAAUUUUUAUUUAUACCCCGCCCUCCCCAGCCGAGGCCGGGCUCAGGGCGGCUAACAAACAAUAAUAAAAACAACUUGAAUGAAUACAACUUAAAAACAAGAUUAAAAUACAACAUUAAAAUAUUGAAGCAUUAAAAUAUUAAAAUGCAGCCUCAUCACAGGAGGAGAAAGGAAAAAGAAAAAAGAAAGAGGGAGAGGGAAUCAAAUUGGUUCCAAGCCAAAGGCCAGGCGGAACAACUCUGUCCUACAGGCCCUGCGGAAAGAAAUCAGAUCCUGCAGGGCCCUGGUCUCAUGAGGCAGAGUGUUCCACCAGGCCGGGGCCAGUGUUGAAAAGGCCCUGGCUCUGGUUGAAGCUAAUCUAACUUCCCUAUGGGCUGGGACCGCUAAGGUGUUGCUGUAUAUGGACCUUGAGGCUUUCCGUGGGGCAUACUGGGAGAGGUGGUCCCAUAGGUAUGAGGGUCUUAGGCCGUGAAGGCCAAAACCAGCACCUUAAAUCUGACCCUGUACUCCACUGGGAGCCAGUGCAGCUGGAAAAGCACUGGGUGAAUAUGCUCCCAUGGCAGAGACCCUGUGAGGAGCCUCGCUGCAGCAUUCUGCACCCGCUGGAGUUUCUGGGACAGCUUCAAGGGCAGCCCCACAUAGAGCAAAUUACAGUAGUCAAGCCUGGAGGUGACCAUUGUAUGGAUCACUGUGGCCAGGUUGGGUUUUUGCAACACAGGGGAUUUCCUUUGUUAAUCUCACAAGCCCAACAUGUUGAUUUUUCACUUUGCCUCCUUCAGAUCAUGUCUUGGGGACCGUCCAUAAGGCCAAAGGCUUGGAAUUCGACACUGUCCAAGUGGCCGACGACUUCACGAGCAGCAUCAGCCUAACUGUCAUGCAGCAAGCCUUCGAGAGGAUACCCAUUUUACGCACCAGUAAGGAAGACUUUCUCCCUUGACCUCCUCUCCUCCAUUUUAUUUUAGCGCUGCUGUUUAAAAUGUAGCGUUCCCAAAGCAAGGAAAAAUUGGACCCUGAUUAAUAGAAUACACACAUGGCUUGACCAGCAAGACUCUGGGAGGAGGUGCCAAUAAUAAUUCCUCUCUACCCCUUGGUCCAAGGGACGCGGGUGGCGCUGUGGGUUAAACCACAGAGCCUAGGGCUUGCCGAUCAGAAGGUCGGUGGUUCGACUCCCCGUGACGGGGUGAGCUACCGUUGCUCGGUCCCUGCUCCUGCCAACCUAGCAGUUCGAAAGCACACCAGCGCAAGUAGAUGAGUAGGUACCGCUCCAGCAGGAAGGUAAACUACAUUUCCGUGUGCUGCUCUGGUUCGCCAGAAGCGGCUUAGUCAUGCUGGCCACAUGACCUGGAAGCUGUAUGCUGGCUCCCUCGGCCAAUAAAACGAGAUGAACGCCGCAACCCCAGAGUCGGCCACGACUGGACCUAAUGGUCAGGGGUCCCUUUACCUUACCCCUCAGUCCAGGUCAUUUUAUUCACAAAAGAACUUUUUACACAGUGUUCGUAAGAACCAAUCAGAUUUCCUCUGAGCAUUUCAAAAAAACCCACGUGGGACAAAGUCAGAUCAGAAGAAAUUCUUUUAACUACAAAGACUACUUGGAACAUUCAUACGUAACUGAGAGUAAAUAAAACAGGACUAGAGGAAUGCAUUCAGCAAACCUGGAGAUCAUAAAUCUCUUCCUGAACUCUCUUCCUGGCCCUAAGAUUAACAAAACUAAUAAUAGCUACACCAAAGAAGCUACCUACUAUCUUUAUGACCCAGGAUGCCUGGUGAGCAACCAGUCUGUAUUUAGAAUGCUUAUACGUGCCUGUCAGGCGUAGAGAAAGCAAAUGGCAGAGGUGCAGAGGCUUGUGGGAUUGGAUCAGAAAUUAUUGCCAAUGAAUCAAACCCAGUCAAAGCCAUGCUUUCAUCGUGGACACAGUGGCUUGGUGCAUAUUUUAUAAUUCCUCACAGCAAUCCCAUCUGAUCACUACAAAAAUGUUUCAACAUUCAGCUUCAAUGGAUAACGCUGGGUUACCCCCCCAUGCCUCCCUUUACUUUUCUUCCAGCGAUAAAGCCCGCAGUGCUGUUACCUUUCCUCGUAGCUGUCAAGGGCGCACCCCAGCAGAUAGGGAACGCUUUCUCAUCUAGCUGAAUGCCCAGUUGUGCUGGUCCCGGGGGGGGGGGGGGUACCGUGUGGUGUGGUCUGAGUCCGGUCCUAGGUUGAGGGUCUGGAGGCUGUCCGUCAAGGGCGAAGCGGGGUCCAAGGCAAGAAGCCGGGCGUGGUCAGGAACUCUGGAAGAGCAGGACAGGGUGCUGGCAGGAACAGGUUACCAAUGAUGUUGCUCCCGCAACCUGGGACCGGGCUGACUGGCCUUUAUCUUCUCUGAGGCCAGGGGCGGUCCCAGCCCACAGGUGACCCGCCUCUCCUCCUGAGAGAACCCAGUUCCCUCCGCCUCUCUGCCCUGAGCCUCUGCAGCUCAGGAGAGGCUGGAGGGUUACUGGACCCAGAGGCAACCUCACCUUCCCCUGACAGGGCUGGGAGAGGAGCACCUGCAGGCAAUGGGUCCUCCAUCACCUCCGGAGCCAGAGUGGAUUCAUCUGGUGUCUGCUCCUGAGGAUCCGGCACAGGUGAGGACCCUUCAGGUUCAAGCCCCUGCCCCGGCUCAGCCGGCACUGGAGGCGGGGACUCCUGUGCAGGCUAGGAUUCCUCAGGUUCAGCCUCUGAAUUGGAUUCCCAGGCCAUCACACCAGUUUAGUGCCUCGGCAUUGUGAUUUUAUGUACUGUAUUUUUCGCUCUAUAAGACGCACCUAGUUUUUGGAGGAGGAAAACAAGGAAAAAAAUAUUCUGAAUCCCAGAAGCCAGAACAGCAAGUGGGAUCACAGCGCAGCGAUCCCGCUUGCUGUCCUGGCUUCUGGAAUAGCCGCGUGCAGCCUCUCCCUGGCAGCGGGAUGAAGGCUCCUGUUGCCCACGAGGGGCUGCACGCGGCUAAGGCUCCCCCAAGAGCCGUACUCCCUUUAAAGUGUGCGUGGAGCGACUUCCGGGGGGCGGCGCGAACGGCAAUGGCGGUCUUCUCCCGACGGGAGAAGAAGCUCCGCUGAAAUCGGGUCGUCCGCUACGGCGAAGCGGAGACCCAACGAGAAAAACCCCAGGCAGCAAGAGCCUGGGGUCCUGAGGCUCGGCGGGCGCCAAGAGCAGCCCUCCAACUGCAGAAGGAGCCUCGUAAGGGGCUCCGGAGCGUGGAGGGGUUGCGGCGCUGUGAGCCGCUUCACAGUCAGCGGAGUGAAGCCGCGCUGCCGCUGCCGGUGAGCGCUGAUCCCUUUUCCUGUUAAAAUUCGGACCUGGAAGAAAACAACUUACUCGUGAGUAAAGACUGAAUCACUUGGAAUUACAAAUUUUAAAUGAGAAGGUUUAAUUUGGCUUGAAUUUGGCUGAAAGCGGAGAGACGUGGAAACAGGAAGUCCGUCUUCCGCUGCCAUUGAACUUGGAAAAAAAAGCAACUAAGGCGGAGGAGUGGAGGCUGAAAGAAAGAGACUUUAAACUCUACACAGCCAAGCAUCUAUGGAACUUACAAUUUAAAGUAAAACUAGUAAGUUAAAGAUUUGGAUCUUUUAUUUGUACUUGACUUUCCCCCUUUUAUUGGAUUAUAAAUUGGAAGGUGAAACCCAGAGUCAGGAUUGCUUGAGCACUGUAAGAGCGAGCUGUCAGUGUUGAUUUGGAUACUGUAUAUUAGAAGUUGCAACAAUCUGAGGGUAUUGAGACCUUUCAAAUUUGAAACAUUCUUUUUGGAGACAAAUAAGCACUGUCUGCAACAAAGUGAAUACUUUUAAACUCUGCUUAAUACUUAUAUUGGAAGGUUCUGGGACAUUAAAUCAGACUCUGAAAGACAUCUUAAGCUCCCCUAGAGGAUUGGAUUAAAACAGUGACUUUACAAAUACAUUUACUUUCGAUUCCCUUGUUGUUUGCUUGCUCUGGGCCUCUCUAUUCCUGUGGGAAAAACUCAGUGUGACCUUGACUGAUAGAUAACAUUGGAAUGAGUGGUACAAGAAGAAGAGGAAGAGGCAGACAAACAACUUUAACAACUCUAACCACAGCCUCGCAGACACGUAGAUCAUCUGUGCCUACUUUGCCCUCAGAAGUACAACUUGAAGAAGCUGACUUGCCACAGGCAAAAGAGGGAGAGGGUGAAGCAGAGCAGUUACAAUUGGAAGAUAUGGCCUCAGGAUCAUCUGUUUCUGUGCUAGAAAAAAUCUUUGAAAAAUUGGAAGCUUUGGACAAGAAAGUAGAUGCGCAAUCAGCAAAGAUUGAUAAAAAUACAGACUGUCUAAACAAAUUAACUACACAGGUGGGACAGAAUACACAAGCAAUUGGACAGUUGACGGAGGCCUCAGUAGAAAACCGAAAAUUGGCUGAGGAUACCAGACAAAAAUUGGAAAAUUUAGAGCAAGAGGUAAGACCACUCACUAAACAAGUUGGGGAACAUCAGACUUAUCUUUCUAUGAUAGAACUGCGAAAUCGUGAGAAUAAUUUGAGGAUUAGAUCAUUACAAGAGGCAGAAGAAGGAAAUCUAACUGAGUUUUUGACUAAAGAACUUUCCAAGUUCUGGAAUUUGGAAGAAAAGGAUUUUAAAAUUGUGUCAGCUUUCAGACUUGGAAGAUUUAUAAAGAAGGAGAGGCCCAGGGAUUGUUUGAUUACAUUGAGAUCGAAGGAGGAAAGGGAUAAGAUUUUGGGUCUACAUUACGAAAAGUCACUGGAGGUUUUGGAUAGAAGAAUUGAGAUAUAUAAAGAUAUCCCAAGACAACUGUUGGACCUUAGAGCCGCCUACUCUGAACUUGCUAAACUACUAAGGAGCAACGCAAUUCCAUUUAGGUGGGAAUUUCCCCAAGGAUUAUCUUUUACCUUUAGAGCGAGAAAGGUCAAAAUUAGAACAUUGGAAGAGAGAGAUAAAUUUCUGGCUACAUACGGAGAGGACCUACAUAAAGGAAUUGAACUACCUUCCGGGCCUGGGGCAAAGCCAGCGUCAAUACCUCCACCUGGGGAGCUUGAAGACCCAGAGAAGACACCACCCCGGGAGAAAUAACCAGACAGAUCCAGGAUGUCUCUGCAACUGUUGAGCUGGAACAUUAAUGGUUGCAAUAUUCCGGAGAAAAGGAAGAAAAUAUUUCAUAUAUUAAAAAGAACAAUUGGACAUUAUUUGCUUACAAGAAACACAUGUGACGAGGCUCCACAGAAAAGUGUUAAUAAAUAAAAGAUUGGGCCAGGAAUUUAUUUCGUCGGACAAAGUGAAGAAGAGAGGAGUGGUGAUAUAUGCAAAAGAGAGCCUGUCACCUAAAUUUCUAUUUAAAGAUGAACAUGGAAGGAUUUUGGCUAUUGAGAUACAAUAUCAAGGAGAGAAACUGCUGAUAUUAGGAAUCUAUGCGCCCAAUGAAGGGAAAUCGGAAUUUUACAAGAAGUUGCAGGGGACAAUGCUGGAUCAUCUGGAUUACAACAACAUCAUAAUGAUGGGAGACAUGAACGGGGUCGUGUCAACUAACAUGGACAAGUCGCAAAGUCAAAAUGUCACAAAAGAUGGCAGACUACCUAAAACCUUUUUGAAAUGACUGACAAUAUGGACUUGAUUGACAUUUGGAGAACAAAGAACCCACUAGGUAGAGAAGGAACAUUCUUUUCUGAAGCCCAACUGACCUGGACAAGAAUCGACCAAAUAUGGAUCUCUAGAGGCCUGGCACCUAGGGUUAGAAAAGUGGAAAUCUGCCCAAAGACCUGCUCUGACCACAACGCAGUAAAGAUGGAUAUGACACUACUACCAACUGGAUCCUUUAGAUGGAAGAUGAAUGACAAUUUGUUUAGAGAUCAGGAAAUUACCAAGAAGGCCCAAAAGUUUUGAAAGACUAUUUCGAGAUAAACAUGAACAAUUCGGUGGAAAAAAGAAUCGUCUGGGACGCAAGCAAAGCUGUCAUGAGGGGAUUCCUGAUACAACAGAAUGUAGUAAAGAAAAAAACACAAAAUGAGAAAGACAAGAUUUUGGAUAAAAUAAAAGAAUUAGAGAAGAAAUUAAGAGUGAAUCCAAAGUCACAGCCAACUCUGAGAGAAAUUAAACUGUAUCAAACACAAUACUCUAAAUUGAUAAAUCAGGAAAUUGAAUGGAAGAUUAAAUUAAUGAAACAAAAAACGUUUGAGUCGGCGAAUAAAUGUGGAAAACUGCUAUCUUGGCAGUUGAAGAGAAGACAAAGAUUAAAUACGGUUACAAAUUUAGAGGUCGAUGGAAGAAACAUUCAGAAUCCAGUGGACAUUAGAAAGUGUUUCCAGAGAUAUUUUAAAAACUAUAUACCCAAGGGCCGCAAGACGAAGUCGAGAUUAAACAAUUUUUGCCAAAAAUGGAUUAUCUAAACUGUCACAAGAAAAUAGGACAACUCUGAACUCUAAAAUAACACGACAGGAGAUUGAACAAGCUAUUCAGAACAUGCAACUUGGCAAAUCUCCAGGGCCAGACGGGCUGACCUCCAAGUAUUAUAAGACACUAAAAGACUAUUUGAUACAACCCUUGAUGGAGGUUAGCAAUGAACUUAUGGAGGUGAAUAGGGCACCGGAUUCGUGGAAGGAAGCGUUUAUCACAUUGAUACCAAAGUCAGAAGCUGAAAAGACACAACUGAAGAACUACCGUCCCAUCUCCCUUUUAAAUGUGGAUUACAAAAUAUUUGCAGAUAUUUUGGCAAGUAGAUUUAAAAAGUUUUAAAUGAAGUAAUUCAUAAGGACCAGGCCGGUUUUCUCCCAGGUAGACAUCUGUUUGCUAACACAAGGAACAUUAUUGAUAUCUUGGAACUUCUCCAAACUGACAUAAAUACAAAAGCAGUUUUAAUUUUUAUAGAUGCGGAGAAGGCCUUUGAUAAUAUUUCUUGGAAAUUUAUGAUGGGAAACUUAAAAGAGAUGGGAGUGGGACGGGGUUUUGAGAAUGGGAUUGAGGCGAUAUAUUCAGAACAGAAAGCUAAACUGAUAGUUAAUAAUGUGGUUACAGAAGAGUUCAAAAUUGAAAAGGGACACGACAAGGCUGCCCUAUCUCCCCUUUGUUAUUUAUUUCGGUUCUGGAAGUGCUAUUGAACAUGAUUAGAGGGGACCAGUUGGUGGAAGGAAUUCAGGUUGGUCAGAAACAAUAUAAACUAAAAGCUUUUGCAGAUGACCUGGUUUUGACCUUGCAGAAGCCAGAGCCUAGUACGAAAAGAGUAUUACAAUUGAUUAAUGACUUUGGUCGGGUGGCGGGAUUUAAAUUAAAUAAACAGAAAACCAAGGUUUUGGGAAAAAAUUUGACUGAGACAGAGUCAGAACGGUUUCAGAAUGAGACGGAACUUAAUGUGGUUAAAAAGUAAAAUACCUAGGGGUAAACAUAACAGCAAAAAUCUAAGUCUAUUUAAGGAUAACUAUGAAAAAUGUUGGACAGAAAUUAAGAGAGACUUAGACAGUUGGUCAAAAUUGAAACUUUCUUUGUUAGGCCGAAUUGCUGCGAUUAAGAUGAAUGUAUUGCCAAGAAUGUUGUUUUUAUUUCAAACACUUCAGGUUUUGGACAAAAUGGAGUGCUUUCAGAAGUGGCAGAGAGACAUUUCGAAGUUUGUCUGGCAGGGCAAAAGGCCCAGAAUUAAGUUUAAGAUACUAACUGAGGCACAACAAAGAGGGGCUUUGCCCUGCCGGACUUAAAGUUGUAUUACGAAGCCGCAGCGUUCUGCUGGCUAAAAGAUUGGCUACUUCUUGAAGACACUGAUGUGUUAGAUUUGGAAGGGUUUAACAAUGUUUUUGGAUGGCAUGCAUAUUUAUGGUAUGACAAAGUUAAAGCAAAUAAGGCCUUUAAGAACCAUAUUGUUAGAAAAUCACUGUUUAAUGUCUGGACAAAAUAUAAAGACUUGCUGGAAAAUAAAACACCAAGGUGGCUUUCACCUUUGGAAGCUAAGGCCCGAAAAGACCCAAUAUGGAGGCCAAAUGGCCAAAAUAUUGGGAAAUACUAGAAAAGAUGGAGACAAUUGGAAAUUGCAGAGUUUGGAGAAAAUGAAAGACAAAGUGCGAGAUUGGUUACAUUAUGCUCAGAUUAAAGAAGUUUUUAAAAAUGAUAAGAAACUAGGGUUCCAGGUGGAGAAAUCGAAAUUAGAAACAGAAUUGUUAGAACCAAAGACUAAGAUACUUUCAAGGAUGUAUAACUUGCUGUUGGAAUGGAAUACACAAGAUGAAAUGGUUAAAUCGGCUAUGAUAAGGUGGGCACAGGAUAUUGGGCAUAAUAUUAUGUUUGAGGACUGGGAAAGGCUGUGGAGUAAUGGAUUGAAAUUUACUGCAUGUAAUGCUUUGAAAGAAAAUGUAAUGAAAAUGAUUUAUAGAUGGUAUAUGACCCCAGUCAAACUCGCAAAAAUUUACCACCUGUCUGAUAACAAGUGCUGGAAAUGUAAAGAGUGUGAAGGAACGUUCUUUCACCUCUGGUGGACCUGCCCUAAAGUGAAGGCGUUCUGGGAAAUGAUUUAUAAUGAAUUGAAAAAGGUAUUUAAAUAUACUUUCACUAAGAAACCAGAGGCUUUCCUUUUGGGUAUUGUCAGCCAAGGGGUGGCAAAGAAGGACCAAACAUUUUUAUGUAUGCAACAACAGCAGCAAGGAUACUACUCGCAAAACAUUGGAAAACUCAAGAUCUACCCACACUGGAAGAAUGGCAGAUGCAACUGAUAGACUAUAUGCAACUGGCUGAAAUGACUGGCAGAAUCCGUGACCUGGGAGAAGAGAGAAUCGAGGAGGAUUGGAAGAAAUUUAAGAACUACCUACAAAAACAUUGUGAUUUGACUGAAUGCUGAAUAAGAUGCUUGACUAAAUAACUGAGCACCACUUAACUUAGAAGUUUUUAAGAAAAUAAGAAAAACUGUGAAAGUUUAACUCUUUAUGAGAACUAUAAGAUCAUGAAAUAUCGAAGAGAUAUAAGAAUUUAAAUAAGAUGAUAAAUUGCUGACAAAAUGUUAUAAUGAUGAAGGUGGGAGCGGGAGAUGUGAGGAAGUCCAAAGAAAAUGUGAAAUUAUGUUAAGACGAAUGUUAUAUUGUUUAUUACAUUUAUUCCUAUUGUAAAAUCCAAUAAAUUGCUUUAAAAAAAAAUAAAGUGUGCGUGGAGCAUGUGUGCGGCUCUUGGGGAAUUUUCAGCGAGGUGGGAGAAGGGACUGAGGGGCUGCCCUUCUCCCUCCUCGGGGAAAAGCCCCCAAGAGCCGCACACACGCUCCACGCGGCUCUUUAAAGGGAGCGCUGAGCAGAGCCUCCCGCCUGCAUUCGCUCCAUAAGACGCACACACACAUUUCCCCUUACUUUUUAGGAGGGGGAAAGUGCGUCUUAUAGAGCGAAAAAUACGGUCAAUUGAUUGUGAUUUUAUGUAAACUGUGUUACUUUUACUGUUGUUAGCUGCUCUGAGCCCGGCUUCGGCUGGGGAGGGCGGGAUAGAAAUAAAAUAUUAUUAUUAAUAUUAAUAUUAUUAUUAUUGGCAGCUCUUCCCAGGUCUGCACCCUAUGGAGCCGUUGCAGCAAAAGGGGGCCCCUCCCCACCCCUAGCUUAUGUACCGCUCCCCGACAGGCUGUGUUCAUGCAGCCAGAGACUGCGCCGGCUUAGAAGCUGCCUCUGCUCUCCCCUCUUCAGUCCCCUCCUUCAGAUGUCUUUUAAAGAUAGGAUAGCUGCUUAUUUCCUUCAUAUCUGAAGGGAGGGCGCCACCACCAAGAAGGCCCUCUGCCUGGUUCCCUGUAACCUCACUUCUCACAAUGAGGGAACUGCCAGAAGGCCCUCGGCGCUGGAUCUCAGUGUCCAGGCUGGAUGAUGGGGGUGGAGAUGCUCCUUCAGGUAUACUGGGCCGAGGCCGUUUAGGGCUUUCAAGGUCAGCACCAACACUUUGAAUUGUGCUCGGAAACGUACUGGGAGCCAAUGCAGAUCUCUCAGAACCGGUGUUAUGUGGUCCCGGUGGCCACUCCCAGUCCCCAGUCUGGCUGCCGCAUUCUGGAUUAAUUGCAGCUUCUGGGUCACCUUCAAAGGUAGCCCCACGUAGAGCGCGUUGCAGUAGUCCAAGUGGGAGAUAACCAGAGCAUGCACCACUCUGGCGAGACAGUCCGUGGGCAGAUAGGGUCUCAGCCUGCGUACCAGAUGGAGCUGGUAAACAGCUGCCCUGGACACAGAAUUGACCUGCGCCUCCAUGGACAGCUGUGAGUCCAGAAUGACUCCCAGGCUGCGCACCUGGUCCUUCACACAGGGGCACAGUUACCCCAUUCAGGACCAGGGAGUCCUCCACACCUGCCCGCCUCCUGUCCCCCCAAAACAGUACUUCUGUCUUCCAACCCAUCCUGUUCUCCACCCUCCAGCUUUGAAGCAUCCCCUGCCUCCGACUUCCGCUUCCUGGCUGGUACAGCCCCCCACAAGUCACCGACCCCUCCCCUCCAGCGUCGGACUCCUGCCCCGCUUCCCAGCUUCCUGCCAAUAGGGUAGUCGCUCCAUCCCCUUGAUAAUUUUGGUUGCCUUCUCUUGUUUUGAGGUGGGGCGAUCAGAACUGCGCACAGUAUUCCAGGCAUAGUGGUAUAGCUCAGUUUUCCUCCCCCUAUUUUAACGAUCCUUAGGGCGAUGGCAGAAAGAACACCCAUUUGAGAGAUAUUUGCUGAGCUUUGCACCCAUUCCAUUUCUCACCCUGACCUCGCCACUGUGAUCCAUGCGACAGUCACCUCCAGGCUUGAUUAUUGUAACUCGCUCUAUGUGGGGCUGCCCUUGAGACUCACCCAGAAACUCCAGCGGGUGCAGAAUGCCAUGGCGAGACUCCUUACGGGGUCCUUACUGCGGGAUCACACUCAUCCAGUGCUUUACCAACUGCACUGGCUCCUGGGGUCGUACAAGGUCAGGUUUAAGGUGCUGGUUUUGACCUUUAAAGCCCUAUGCGGCCUAGGACCUACGUACCUACGGGACCGCCUCGCCUGGUAUGCCCCAUGGAGAACCUUAAGGUCCACAAAUGACAACACUUUGGAGGUCCCAGGUCGCAAGGUGGUUAGAUUGGUCUCAACUAGGGCCAGGGCCUUUUCAGUACUGGCCCCGACUCAGUGGAACGCUCUGUCACAAGAGACUAGGGCCCUGCGGGACUUGACAUCUUUCCACAGGGCCUGCAAGAUGGAGCUGUUCCGCCUGGCCUUUGCUUUGGACUCAGUCUGACCCUUAUGUUUCCCUCCCCUUAUGGUUUUGAUCUAUGGGCUACUAUUAAAAUGAGGUUGCAUUUUAAAUUGCAGUUUAACCUGUAUUUUAAAUUGUUCCCCUCCCCCUAUUAUGUUUCUACUGUAAUUUUUACUGUUGUUAGCUGCACUGAGCCCGGCUCUGGCUGGGGAGGGUGGGAUAUAAAUAAAAAUUAUUAUUAUUAUUAUUAUUUCCCGUCUGCCUCUUGCCUUUGUCCCGUUCCAGGUGCAACCUCCGAGGAUGAAUGGAACUUGCUGUACGUGGCUGUCACCCGCGCCAAGAGGCGCCUCAUCGUUCCGAAGUUACUGACCCAGAUUUUGACAUUGGCCGGGGUGAGUUGGCAGGGAAGAGUUUGAGGAAGGGUUGUUGCUCAGCCGUAGAACAUCUGCUUAAUAAUUAAUAAUAAUAAUAAUAAUUUAUUAUUUAUACCCGGCCCAUCUGGCUGGGUUUCCCCAGCCACUCUGGGCGGCUUCCAACAAAGUACAGUAGUCUGUUAAACAUUAAAAGCUUGUUCUCUUUGACAUCUGGUGUCAAAGCAGGACUUUGGCACCUGCCCACACUGCCAAAAGUACCAAAACCUGGUUCAAUGCCCAUGGGAUUACUGUGCUUGAUUGGCCAGCAAACUCGCCUGACCUGAACCCCAUAGAGAGUCUAAGGGGCAUUGCCAAGAGAAAGAUGAGAGACAUGAGACCGAGCAAUGCAGAAGAGCUGAAGGCUGCUAUUGAAGCGUCCUGGUCUUCCAUAACACCUCAGCAGUGCCACAAGCUGAUAGCAUCCAUGCCACGCGACAUUGAGGCAGUAAUUGAUGCAAAAGGGGCCCAAACCAAGCACUGAGUACAUAUGCAUGCUUCUACUUCCCAGAGGUCCAAUAUUGUCCUAUUUGCAGUCCUUGUUUUGCUGAUUUCAUUUAAUAUUCUAAUUUUCUGAGAUGGUUCAUUUGGGGUUUUCAUCAGCUGUACGCCAUGAUCAUCACAAUUAUAACAAAUAAAGGCUUGACAUAUCUCACUUUGCAUGUCAUGAGUCUAUCUCAUAUAUUAGUUUCACCUUUUAAAUUGAUUUACUGAAAUAAAUGAACUUUUCCACGAUAUUCUAAUUUUCCGAGUUUCACCUGUAUUCAAUGUACCAUUUCCAUUCUUUCAUAAAAAGUUUGUUAUCUUGAUUUCUUACUCUUCUGGUAAGUUUUGCCAUUUCUGCAUAUUCCGUAAAUUUUUGUAUCCAUUCUUCCUUUGCUGGGACUUCUGCUUCUUUCCAUUUUGAGGCAAGUAGCAUUCUUGCUGCUGUAGUCACAUAUAUAAAUAAAUUUCUAUACAGUUUAGGUAGUUCUGUCCCUAGAAUUCCCAAAAGAAAAGAAAAGCUUCUGGUUUGUUUUUUUUAAAAAAUAAAACUUAUUUUGAACAUCUUUUUCAAUUCAUUGUAUAUCAUUUCCCAGUGCAUCACAAAAAUAAGGACCAAAAAAUUGCUGCUGGAUCAGGGCGAUAGCCCACCCAGUCCAGCAUUCUGCUCUCAACAGCAGCCAACAGGCACCAGCUGAUGCUGAAUGUUUGGCUCCUUACACUGUUCUUGUUGUUUAGUCGUUUAGUUGUGUCCGACUCUUCGUGACCCCAUGGACCAGAGCAUGCCAAGCACUCCUGUCUUCCACUGCCUCCUGCAGUUUGGUCAGACUCAUGUUUGUAGCUUCGAGAACACUGUCCCACCAUCUCGUCCUCUGUCGUCCCCUUCUCCUUGUGCCCUCCGUCUUCCCCAACAUCAGGGUCUUUUCCAGGGAGUCUUCUCUUCUCAUGAGGUGGUCAAAGUAUUGGAGUCUCAGCUUCAGGAUCUGUCCUUCCAGUGAGCACUCAGGGCUGAUUUCCUUCAGAAUCGAGAGGUUGGAUCAUCUUGCAGUCCAUGGGACUCUCCAGAGUCUCCUCCAGAAUUCAAAAGCACCCAUUCUUCGGCGAUCAGGCUUCUUUAUGGUCCAGCUCUCACUUCCAUACAUCACUACUGGGAAAACCAGAGCUUUAACUAUACGGACCUUUGUUGGCAAGGUGAUGUCUCUGCUUUUGAAGAUGCUGUCUAGGGUGGUCAUUGCUUUUCUCCCAAGAAGCAGGCGUCUUUUAAUUUCGUGGCUGCUGUCACCAUCUGCAGUGAUCACGGAGCCCAAGGAAGUAAAGUCUCUCACUGCCUCCAUUUCUUCCCCUUCUAUUUGCCAGGAGGUGGUGGGACCAGUGCACUACCAAAGGCAAAAGCUGGCAAACGGGUGCAAAUCAUGCACCUUUGCAAGCUAGAGUAGCUUCUACAUUUGUGUACACAAACACAUCCCUCUCUGUCUUCCAUCUAGGCCAGCGUUUCCCAAACUUGGGUCUCCAGCUGUUUUUGGACUACACUUCCCAUCAUCCCUGACCACUGGUCAUGCUAGCUAGGGAUGAUGGGAGUUGUAGUCCAUAAACAGAUGGAGUUUGGGAAACCCUGUUCUAGGCAAACAGGAGGCAUUAUCAGAGUUCAAAGACACAUUUAGCCUGGCAGAUAAAUACUUGAAGGCACGGAUACUUAAAGGCUGGUGCAGGGUUGUGCCUGAGGCAGAGGAAUGUCCUGGGGGCCAGAUAGAGAGACCUGGAGGGCCACAUUUGGUCCCUACUCCUGGCUUAAAAUUGUCUCACCUGUCUGCACUAAAUUUUUUCUUCUUUUUCUUUUCCAGGAGCACUAUUUUCAGCCCGUAUUAACUAGUGAAGUGUGCAAGGAGGCAGAAAUCCGGUGUUCUGGGCAGGGCUGCCACAAUGUCAUUUCCAAAGACACUGUCCUAACCAUGAAGAAAAUGCCUUUUGUUUACGUACGUGUCUCUUCUUACGGAACUGGGCACUUGGGGCAGACGAAUAUAAUUUCUCUCCAUCCUAUUUUGAUCUGUGUGUUGCUAGUGCAAAAUGUUUUACUGGUCCUACAGUUUGUUCCACCCAUUUACCUGUUCUGGAGUUUUGCUUUGCUCUGUUAAGUCCCUCUGUCCCGUGAUGGCUGUUGCUUGGAUAGCCUCUCACUUGAUGGCCCUGUUUGCUUCACAGUUCGCUUAGAAACAGGAAUUGGCUCGAUAUUAAUAAUAAUUUUAAUAUUUAUACCCUGUCCAUCUGGCUGGGUUUCCCGAGCCAUUCUGGGCGGCUCCCAACAGAAUUAUAAAAACACAAUAAAACAUCAGACAUAAAAAAAUUCCCGAUACAGGGUUGCCUCUGACGGGAGGGCAUUCCAUAGGGUGGGUGCCACCACCGAGAAGGCCCUCUGCCUGGUUCCCUGUAACCUCACUUCUUGUAGUGAGGGAACCGCCAGAAGGCCUUCAGAGCUGGACCUCAGUGUCUGGGCUGAUCAAUGGGGGUGGAGACGCUUCUUCAGGUAUACUGGGCCAAGGCCGUUUAGGACUUUAAAGGUCAGCACCAAUACUUUGAAUUGUCCCCAGAAACAUACUGGGAGCCAAUGGAGGUCUUUCAGGACCGGUGUUAUGUGGUCUUGGCGGCCGCUCCCAGUCACCAGUCUACCUGCCGCAUUUUGGAUUAGUUAUAGUUUCCAAGUCACCUUCAAUGGUACCCCACAUAGAGUGCAUUGCAGUAGUCCAAGCGGAAGGUAACCAGAGCAUGCACCACUCUGGCGAGAAAGUCCGUGGGCAGGGAGGGUCUCAUCCUGCGUACCAGAUGGAGCUGAUAGACAGCUGCCCUGGACACAGAACUGACCUGCGCCUCCAUGGACAGCUGUGAGUCCAAAAUGACUCCCAGGCUGCGCACCUGGUUCUUCAGGGGCAGUUACCCCAUUCAGGACCAGGGAGUCCUCCACACCCGCCUGCCUCCUGUACCCCCAAAACAGUACUUCUGUCUUGUCAGGAUUCAACCUCAAUCUGCUAGGGGCAGAGCCAGCAAGCUCUCCGCCUUCCGCCCUCCUCUUCCUCGCAUGCAUUCUGCAGACGCAGAAGCAGGAUAAUAAUAAUAAUAAUAAUAAUAAUAAUAAUAAUAAUAAUGAUAAUAAUUUAUACCCCGCCCAUCUGGCUGGGCUUCCUCUGCCACUCUGGACAGCUUCCAACAAAAUAUUAAAAUACCGUAAAACAUCAAACAUUGAACGCUUCCCUAAGCAGGGCUGCCUUCAGAUGUCUUUUAAAAGCGUGGUGGUUGUUUUUCUCUCUGGCAUCUGGUGGGAGGGAGUUCCACAGGGCGGGUGCCACUACCGAGAAGGCCCUCUGCCUGGUUCCCUGUAACUUGACUUCUCGCAGUGAGGGAACCGCCAGAAGGCCCUCGGCACUGGACCUCAGCACGAUGGGGGUGGAGACGCUCCUUCAGAUACACACUUCGUUUCGCAGAGCCCCGCAAAACUCACACGAGUCCCUCUGACUUUUCCCGGCAGAGCGACGGAACCAGAGAGCCCGACGGUUUCCUCUGCGACACUUGUGUGCAACACCGCCUGGCCCUGACAUGGCCGACCACGGCCUUUCGUGCAGCCCAAGCCGCGGACGGCGACGCCGAAAUCUCCGAGGUCCCAGAGACCAUCAACAUCCUCUUCGAACGUUUCUGAACGGGAGAGAGGCCUCGCCGGGAAUCACGCUCUGUCGGGAGACGGCGGAUAAGAAAGCAGUUUUUUAUUAGGACAGGUGGAGCUGUCCUGCUCCUAGGGUUGGCGUGAAUCCGAGAAAGGCAACUGAGGGGGGGAGAGGAGACACAGUCUGCAGAAACACAAUUCAGAGGGCGGUCGCACAUCUCUGCCGUGUUUUGGGGGGCGAGAGGAAAGCUUGCCUUGCCUUCUGUGUGCCCCCAAAGUUUUUUGACCUAAAAUACCACUGGGCCUGUGGUCUGGAUGGUAUGGCUUGAUGGGGAAAAUGGGUAGAAUUUUAGCACAAUAGUCAAUAUAUUGCUCCUCUUGCACUGGUAGGGACUGGGGUGUCACAGGGUGUAGAGGUUCAUGGGCCAAAAAGUCUGCGCACCUGUGUGGCAGAAGGUCUUUCCGGGUGUGCCAGCAGCAUCUUCUGGUGCCCAUGGUGCCCUGCAGAUGUCGAUUCGCCACCUGCUUUCCGCUUGCUAAGCUUUUGCUAUAAACUGCAUUAAAACUCUUGUCUAUUUCAAGUGACGAGGCGUAUGCGUGUCGUUUACAUUUUUAUUCCUUUCCCAAAGCCACCUUAGGAAUACUUUUUGAAAGUGCCAAUACAUGCAGCGGCAUGUGAAUAAAUAACAUGGAAGGUUGCAAUCCUGACCCACAAACUUUUUUUUAUUCAUUUUAUAACACAACUAAACAACACAAACAGAAAAAACAAACAAUACAAACAAAUUCUUGUCUUAUCCUUAUUUUUUCUAAACAUUGUUAGGUGGGCUUCCCCAAGUCCCCCCCAUCUGAUUUUCAUUUUACCUCAUCUUUAGCAGUUUACAUAUAUCAUAAUUUUUAACCUUUUUUAAUCACACUUUUACCAUUAAAAAUCUUCACAUUUUAUCACCUACAAAUAAUACUAUUUUAAAAUACACUAUCUUCUACUUCUAACCCUUCAGCCUAUAUCCACUUUCAAAGCUAUUCUAAGAUUUAAAUAUUCACAUAUUUUUUCAAAUAUUCUUUAAGCUUCUUCCAAUCUUCUUCCACCGUCUCUUCUCUCUGGUCUCGGAGUCUCCCGGUCAGUUCGGCAAGUUCCAUAUAGUCCAUCAUCUUCAUCUGCCAUUCUUCUAUAGUUGGUAAAUCUUGUUUCUUCCAAUUCUUCACUAGUAAUAUUCUCGCAGCUGUUGUGGCAUACAGACCCACAAACUUAACUGGGCAGCAAGCCUCAUUUGAACUCCAUGGGGCAUACUUAUGAGUAAACGGGCUCAUUGGAUCGUUCCUCACACUUAAUAGUAGGGCUUGGAGGCACAAGAGGAGCAGUGAUAAAAAUUGGGUGGGUGUGUUUUUUUAAAAAACAACCUUCCUAUUUAAAUGUGAACAUGUGGUUUGCAGGGACUUCUUUUAAAAAAAUAAUAACCCCAAAGAAAUAUAUCUAUAUUCCACCCAACCUACAUUUCCCCCCCUAAACUGAUUUAGGUUGCUAUCUUUUUUUUAUCUGUGCUGUUCUGCUUUGUCUCUGCAACCGCCAUAUCUGUGGCAGCAGGAGGAGGAGAUUUGAGGAGGUCUACCAUUUUGCAGAGAGCUAGUUCUUACUGGGGCGGUCAACCUAUGUCUGGGCUACACUGGGCUUCAAAAUGUGGGCAGAGGCUCACACUGAUCACAUGACAUCCCAAACCAAACACAGUCUUUCCACAUGCAAAAUUAGGCACCUUGAGAGUGGCUCAUGCUUUCGCCUGGCAUCAAAACAAAAUAAAUUAGGUAAAGGUAAAGGGACCCCUGACCGUUAGGUCCAGUCAUGACUGACUCUGAGGUUGCGGCGCUCAUCUCGCUUUAUUGGCCGAGGGAGCCCGAGUACAGCUUCCGGGUCAUGUGGCCAGCAGGACUAAGCCGCUUCUGGCGAACUAGAGCAGCGCACGGAAACGCCGUUUACCUUCCCGCUGGAGCGGUACCUAUUUAUCUACUUGCACUUUUGACGUGCUUUCGAACUGCUAGGUUGGCAGGAGCUGGGACCGAGCAACAGGAGCUCACCCCCUAGCUGGGAUUGGAACCGCUGACCUUCCACCUGGCAAGCCCUAGGCUCUGUGGUUUAACCCACAGCGCCACCCGCGUCCCCUUAGCACCUUAGAGACCAACUUUGUUAUUGGUAUGAGCUUUCGUGUGCAUGCACACUUCUUCAGAUACCUUCAGAUUUCCCCUGGCAUGCUAGCUUUUUAACUGCAAGGGAAUAUUCAGCCAGGCUGAGCACACCACCCCCUUGAAGUCUGAACUCAUCCAGUCCAGACUGCACUUUUGCCCAUAUUGGUAAGAAUAUCUGAUACAUGCCUAUAGCCUUAUCUCUUUUGCUCUCCAUCUUCUGUGUUUUUCCUGUGUGCAGGUAUUUCUUCCUCUUGAGAUACGAUUAAAGCAUUGUUAAAUAAAUAAAUAAAAAUAAAGUUUGUAAUCAAAAACGGUUGUUUUAUGGCCAAAUUUUGCAAUACCUGUAUUUUACAAUAAACAAGUUUGGUUUAU